UUCCAUUCUUCAAGUGCAGUUUCAUCUGCAUUCCUGAUUUGGUUGUCAUUUGUCAAAUGAUAGUAUAUCAGUGAUAUAUAACGAAGCAACAAAAUGCAACGACAAAAUCCGAACCCCUACCAGCAGCAGCAGCAGCAGCAGCAGCAGCAGCAACAAGUGCAGCAGCACCAGCAGCAGUACUCCACUCAGGAGUACUCGCACUCCAGCCAGGAGCAGCAUCAGCAGCAAAGGAUUAGCCGCACCGAACAGCAUGUUCAGAGGAGUCAAAUCACCAGCACCCAGCAACGAGUCCAACAACAUUCUGGCGGUGGCACCAUCAUUGGCGGCGGCAGUGGCAUCAACUACGUGCCCCCCGCAUUGACACACGUCUAUGCCCAGGGCGACAUCUCGCCGCCGGUGUUCGAGCAGAUCUUCAAGAACGCUCGCUUCGCUCAGGGCGGCAAUGCCCUGUUCGAGGGACGGCUGCGUGGCAAUCCGAAGCCGUUCGUGACCUGGACCCGAAAAGGCGCACCACUUCUCGAGUCCCAGAAGUUCCGAAUGAGCUACAACGAGGCCACCGGCGAUGUCUCGCUGCUGAUCAAUCAGAUCGGGCCCGGGGAUGAGGGCGAGUACACCUGCACCGCUCGCAAUCAGUACGGGGAGGCCAUCUGCAGUGUCUACAUCCAGCCGGAGGGGGCACCGAUGCCAGCGAUGCAGCAGCCCAUCCAGAAUCUGGAGAAGAACAUCUACUCGAACGGGUACUCGUACACGUCCAUCGAGGAGGAGUUCCGCGUGGACACCUUUGAGUAUAGACUGCUGCGCGAGGUCUCCUUCCGGGAGGCCAUCACCCGUCGCUCUGGCUACGAGCUGGACUCCCAGCUCUCCCAGGAGCUCGACCGCUCCCUGGGCCCUGCGCACGCCCCACAAAUCUCGCAGAAGCCGCGCAGCUCGAAGCUCAUUGAGGGCUCCGAUGCGGUGUUCACCGCCCGCGUGGGCUCCAACCCGAAGCCCCGUCUCACGUGGUUCCACAACGGCCAGCGUCUGGUGGCGUCUCAGAAGUACGAGAUCUCCUAUUCGAGCGGCGUGGCCACGCUGCGCGUGAAGAAUGCCACCGCCAAGGACGGCGGCCAUUACACCCUGCUGGCCGAGAAUUUCCAGGGCUGUGUCGUCUCCUCUGCCGUCCUGGCCGUGGAGCCUGCGGCGGAGUCUGCCUACGAGCCGAAGUCCGUGGACGUGAUGGCCGAGCAGCUGGAGGCGGGCAAGGCCCUGCCCCCGGCGUUCGUCAAGGCCUUUGCCGAUCGCGAGGUAACCGAAGGACGCAUGACGCGAUUCGACUGUAGGGUGACUGGAAAUCCCUAUCCGGAGGUCUUCUGGUUCAUCAAUGGCCGUCAAGUGCGCGACGAUGCCUCGCACAAGAUUCUCGUGAACGAAUCGGGCAGCCACUCGCUGAUGAUCACGAACGUGACCCGGCUGGAUGGCGGCGCUGUCCAGUGCCUGGCCCGGAACAAGGCCGGCGAGGUGGCCAUCGAGGCGCAGUUGAAUGUGCUGGAGAAGGAACAGGUUGUUGCACCGCAAUUUGUUCAGCGCUUCAGCACGAUGACUGUCCGCGAGGGCGAACCCAUCACGAUGAGUGCCAAUGCCAUUGGCACGCCCCUGCCGCGCAUCACCUGGCAGAAGGAUGGCGUUCAGAUCUCCUCAACGGCCGAGCGAUUUGUGGGCAUUGAUGGGGGCGCCACCUGUCUGGAGAUACCGCGUGUCCAGGCCACGGACGCCGGCUGGUACCAGUGCACGGCUCAGAAUAUUGCCGGAUCCACGGCCAACCGGGCCAGGCUCUAUGUGGAAGUGCCCCGAGAGCAGCCGUCGCAAGAACAGAGGCGUUUGAAUCUCCCAAGACCCACCAAAGUGAUCGAGCCAGAGCCCAUUCCUGGCCCCGAGAUCAUCUACUUGCGCCACGUGGAGCGCGCCAAGCCCCAUCUGCGUCCUGGCGAGGAGGACCGCGUGUAUCCGCCGCCGCAGUUUAUUAUCCCGCUGCAGAAUGUGCAGCAGACCGAAGGCGGUCGCGUCCAUAUGGAGGCGCGCAUUGAGCCCGUCGGCGAUCCCACAAUGGUCGUCGAGUGGUACCUCAAUGGACGUCCCCUGGCAGCCAGUGCCCGUGCCACAUCUGUCUUCAAGUUUGGCUUCAUCGCUCUCGAUCUGCUGAGCAUCAUGGGCCACGAUUCUGGGGAAUACAUGUGCCGCGUGAGCAAUGCCAGUGGCGUGGCCGAGUCCCGGGCCAUUCUCUCGGUGGUUCAGCGUCCGUCCAUCGAUCAGUCGUCGCAGAAUCCGAACAGCGUGCAGUACAUCUCGCAGCUGGAGGACUAUUCGCGCUACCAGCGCCAGGAGAGCUCCGAGGAGCAACUCAACCAGGCUCCGCAGUUCAUACGCCCGCUGCGCGAUCUGGGCGAGUUCGAGGAGGGCAAGAAUGUGCACUUCGAGGCACAGGUGACGCCCGUCAACGAUCCCUCGAUGCGCGUGGAGUGGUACAAGGAUGGCCUGCCCAUUACGGCCAGUUCCAGGAUCACGGCCAUCUUCAACUUCGGCUACGUCUCCCUGAACAUCCUGCACCUGAGAGCCGAGGACUCUGGCACUUACACUGUGCGCGCCGUCAAUCGCAUUGGCGAGGCCAUCAGUCAGUCCAUCAUCCGCGUCCAUGUGCGCUCUCAGGUCACCGCCGAUCUGGGCAUACCCGAGCAGCAGCGCUACAUCGAGAAGACCGAGCAGCUGGAGGACUAUCGCAGCAAGUCCCAGCAGCGUCGUCAUGUCCAGGAGGCCCCCGAGGCCAUUGCCCCGCCGCAGUUCAAGACGCCCAUCCAGAACCAGCUCGAUCUGCGGGAGCACGCGCAUGCGCACUUUGAGGCGCGCCUCGAGCCCGUCGGCGACUCGACCAUGCGCGUCGAGUGGCUGAAGGACGGCCAGCCCCUGGAGGCGAGCAGCCGCAUCACCACCUACCACAACUUCGGCUACGUGGCGCUGACCAUCAAGCAGCUGACCAUCUACGAUGCAGGAACCUACACCUGUCGCGCCUACAACGCCAUGGGCCAGGACACCACCGUGGCCCAGCUGACGGUCAUCUCAAAGAAUGAAAUCGUCUCCGAGUCGCAGCACCCCGGGGGUCUGCAGAAGAUCCAACAUCUGGAGGACUCUUCGCGCUACGGGCGCCGCGAGGAGGAGGAGAUCUGCAUCAAUCAGGCUCCCCGCUUCCUGGGGCCCAUGAAGGGCACCACCAAGAUCCUGGAGGGCCAGCGCGCCCACUUCGAGGCACGCGUGGAGCCCCAGAGCGAUCUGGGCAUGCAGAUCGAGUGGUACCACAACGGACGCUCGAUCACGGCCGCCAAUCGCAUCCAAACGUACUACGAUUUUGGCUACGUGGCCCUUGACAUAUCCCAAGUGAGGGCCGAGGAUGCGGGCGUCUAUCUGGUGGUGGCCAGGAACAAGCUAGGUGAAGCUCAGUUGCAGGCAACGAUGGUAGUGGAAACUCGUUCCAAUAUCGACACAUCUAGCAUGCAUCGUGGCCUCUACGAGAAGACCCAGAAUCUGGAGAACAAGCCAUUCGUGGAGCCCCAGUACGACAUUGAGGAGAUCUCCAAGUCGAAGCCCGUGUUCGUCCAGCCCCUGGCCGAUCCCAAGCCCAUCCAUGAUGGCAAGAACAUCCAUCUGGAGUGCCGUCUGGAGCCCAUGGGUGAUCCGACCAUGCGCGUCGAGUGGUUCCACAAUGGCCGCCCCGUGACAGUGGGCUCUCGCUUCAGGACCUACUACGACUUCGGUUUUGUGGCUCUGGACAUCAUCAAGGCCACGGCCGCGGACUCUGGAGAGUACACGGUACGUGCCACCAAUCACCUGGGCACGGCCCACACCUCUGCCUGUGUGCGGGUCAUCGACCGCACGGAUGUCGUCACGGAGACCCAGAACGAACAGUCCCUGGAGCAGAUCCAACUGCUGGAGGACUCGCGUCGUCGGCAGCAUCGCGAGGAGGACAUCACCGUGAUGCAGGCGCCACAGUUCACGCGGGCGCUGCACAACAUCGAGACCGUCGAGGGCACCAAUGUCCAUCUGGAGUGCCGCCUGCAGCCCGUGGGGGAUCCCUCGAUGCGUAUCGAAUGGUUCGUGAACGGCAAGCCCGUCAAGACGGGCCAUCGCUUCCGUCCCGCCUACGAGUUCGACUACGUGGCCCUUGAUCUCUUGGGCUGCUAUGCCAUCGAUUCGGGGGUGUACACGUGCCAGGCGAGGAAUCAGCUCGGCGAGGCCGUCACCUCCUGCUCCGUGAGGAUCACCUCGAAGAACGACCUGAUCCUGGAAACCCAGAACGAGUCGGGCCUGCAAAAGAUCGCCUAUCUGGAGGAUACAUCCCGGUACCGUCGCAACGUGGAGGUGGAUGAGGUCGUCAACAUCCGUCCGCGAUUCCUCACGCAACCCAAGAGCCUGACCAACACCCGCGAGGGCGGCCACGCCCAUUUCGAGUGCAAGAUUGAACCCGUCACGGAUCCCAAUCUGAAGGUCGAAUGGUUCAAGAACGGACGUCCCAUCACCGUGGGUCAUCGCUUCCGUCCCAUCCAUGAUUUUGGCUAUGUGGCUUUGGAUAUUGUCCACCUGAUUGCCGAGGAUUCGGGCAUCUACACCUGCCGGGCCGUCAAUCUGAUUGGCUCCGACGAGACCCAAGUGGAGCUGCAGUGCCGCAGCAGCGAGCAGAUCGUCACGGUGACCCAGAACGAGGCGGGUCUCGAGCAGAUCCACUAUCUGGAGGACCGUUCGAGGUACAGCCGUCGCGAGGAGAUCGACGAGAGCACCAAGCAGGCGCCCGUCUUCACCACAUCCCUGAAGAACAUCGAGAUCAAGGAGAACCAGCGUGCGCACUUUGAGUGCCGCCUGAUCCCCGUUUCGGAUCCAUCGAUGCGCGUGGAAUGGUACCACAACAAUCUGCCCCUCAAGUCGGGCUCUCGCUUCACGGAAACCUCCAACUUUGGCUUUGUGGCUCUCGAUAUCAUGUCCACUCUGCCAGAGGACGCCGGCACCUACACCUGUCGCGCCUUCAACGCCGUUGGCGAGGCCAUCACCUCCGCGGUGGCUGUGGUGCACACGAAGAAAUCGAUUUACCUGGAAUCGCAGCACGAGACGGCUCUGCCGCGUCUACAGCACCUGGAGGAUGGCUCCAAGCGCCAGCGGAUCAGCGUCCAGGAUGAGUUUGUCUCCCAGGCUCCGGUCUUCACGAUGCCCGUGCGGGAUGUUCGUGUCGCCGAGAACCAGGCCGUGCACUUUGAGGCGCGUUUGAUCCCGGUGGGCGAUCCCAACCUGAAGGUCGAGUGGCUGCGCAACGGCCAGCCCAUCGAGGCCUCCAACCGCACCACCACAAUGCAUGACUUUGGCUAUGUGGCGCUGAACAUGAAGUACGUGAAUCCCGAGGAUUCAGGCAGCUACAGCUGCCGUGCCAUCAACGAGCUGGGUCAGGCGGUGACCUCUGCCUCGCUGAUUGUCCAAUCGAAGACGGCCAUUCAGCUGGAGACCCAACACGAGGCAGCCAUGCACAAGAUCCAUCAACUGGAGGACCACAGCCGCUACCAGCGACGCGAGGAGGAGGAGUAUACGGUCACGACGGCCCCGGUGUUUGUCACGAAGCUCAUUGGCCCCACGAACCUGAAGGAGGGACAGUCGGCCCACUACGAGUGCCGCAUUGAACCGUAUCCGGAUCCCAAUCUCAAGGUCGAGUGGUUCCACAACGGGAAGCCCCUGAGCACGGGCCAUCGUUUCCGCACCACCUACGAUUUCGGCUUUGCCGCCUUGGACAUCCUCACGGUCUAUGCGGAAGACUCCGGCGAGUACACCUGCCGUGUGACCAAUAAUCUGGGCGAGGCGGUCAAUUCGAUCGUCCUGAAUGUCACCUCCCGCUCCUCGAUCAUCCAUGAGACGCAGCACGAGGACGCUCUGUCGAAGAUUGCCCAUCUGGAGGACGCCUCACGGUUCCAGCGAAAGGCGGACGAAGAGCAGUUCCAUGCAGAGCGACCGCAGUUCGGGCGCUCUCUGCGCAACGCCAAGGUCAACGAGGGCACGCCAGUGCACCUGGAGGCCACACUGAUACCCGUCAACGAUCCCACAAUGAAGGUCGAGUGGUACUGCAAUGGCACACCCAUCCAGACAGGACAUCGCUUCAAGACCACCUACGACUUUGGUUUCGUGGCCCUGGACAUCCUGUAUGCGCAUGCCGAGGACACUGGCACGUACAUGUGCAAGGCCAAGAAUGCCAUUGGAGAGGCAGUGACGACAUGUGCUGUAAACGUAACAGCAAACAAAACCCUCGAUCUGGACACUAUGGAUGCUGAAAGACUGGAGAAGAUCCGCCAACUGGAGAGCUAUGCCCCACCCACAAAGCCCGUGGUUGAGGAGAAGGGCUCCAAGCCCAUUUUCCUAACGCCCCUGAGCAACCUGGAGCACCUGAAGGAGGGCGAACACGCCCAUCUCGAGUGCCGCGUGGAGCCCAUCAACGAUCCGAAUCUGAAGAUCGAGUGGUUCUGCAACGGCAAGCAACUGCCGAUGGGCCAUCGUUUCCGCACCACCCACGACUUUGGCUACGUGGCACUGGACAUCCUCUAUGUGUAUGGCGAGGACACCGGCACGUACAUGUGCAAGGCCACCAAUCUGUUGGGCGAGGCGGUGAACACCUGCAAUGUGCGGGUGUUGAACCGCCGCAGCAUGAUCUUGGACACCCAACACCCUGAUGCCCUGGAGAAGAUCCAGAAGCUGGAAUCGAAGGUCGUGAAUGCCCGCACUGAGGUCGGCGAUCAUCCCAUCAGUCCGCCGCACUUUACGGCGGAGUUGCGCGGCUCCACGGAGAUCUACGAGGGACAGACGGCGCACUUUGAGGCCCAGGUGGCACCGGUGCACGAUCCCAACCUUCGCAUCGAGUUCUACCACAACGGAAAGCCCCUGCCAUCGGCGGCCCGCUUCCACAUCACCUUCGACUUUGGCUACGUGUCGCUGGACAUCACCCAUGCCGUCGCCGAGGACGCCGGGGAGUAUUCCGUGCGGGCCGUCAAUGCCAUGGGACAGGCGGUGUCGGCAACCAAUUUGCGGGUGAUUGCCCGCGGCACCAUCAUCUCGGACACGCAGCACCCGGAGGGUCUGGAGAAGAUCCGCAAGCUCGAGUCCGCGGCGCCGCAUCAGCGCCAGGAGGUGGAGACACCCGGCACUCGCCAGCGUCCGGUGUUCACGCAGCCGCUGCAGAACAUCGAUCGGAUCAAUGAGCACCAGACGGCGCACUUUGAGGCGCGCCUGAUCCCCGUGGGGGAUCCCAAUCUGAAGGUCGAAUGGUACCGCAACGAGAAGAUCAUCGAGGACAGCUCUCGCAUCACCAAGCAAGCCGACUUUGGAUUCGUUUCUCUGGACAUUUCGCACAUCCGGAAGGAGGACGAGGGCGUGUACAUGUGCCGUGCCGUCAAUCCGCUCGGGGAGGCCGUCACCACCGCCUCCAUGCGGAUUGUGUCCGAGGCCAGCAUCCUGAUGGACACCCAACACCCGGACAGCAUUAGUCGCAUCCAUCAGCUGGAGAAACCGUUGGCGCCACGUCCCACAGAGCCCGAGCGUCUCUUCGAGAAGCCCAUCUUCACGCAGCUGCUCACGGGACCAUCGGAGGUGUGGGAGGGCGCCCAUGCGCACUUCGAGGCGAGGGUCGUUCCCGUGGGAGAUCCUUCUCUCCGGUUCGAGUGGUUCAUCAACGGCGUGGAGCUGCAAAUGGGCUCCCGCCUGCGCACCACCCACGACUUUGGCUUCGUGACCCUCGACAUUGCCGCAGUGGUGCCGGAGGAUGCCGGUGUUUACAUGUGCCGCGCCUACAACGCCGCCGGCGAGGCUGUCUCCUCUACGGCCAUGAAGGUCAAGACCAAGUCGAACAUCGACGGCCAGCCCUUGAUCCCUGAAUCGUGGGAGGCCAUCCGUCUGAAGGAGGCCGCCAUGAACCGCGUCCCGGAGAUGUUUGUGGACUCCACGCCUCAGCAGGCGCCUGUCUUCACGACACAUCUGCAAUCGUACGACAAGUUGCACGAGGGACAGCAUGUCCUGCUGGAGGCCCAAGUAGAGCCCCGAGCAGAUCCCAAUCUGCGCAUCGAGUGGUUCAAGAACGGCAUCUCCCUGACCACUGGCUCGAGGAUACGCAGCACCUUCGACUUUGGCCUGGUGACGCUCUCCAUCAACGGAUUGAGGGAGGACGACAGUGCCAUCUAUACCUGCAAGGCCACCAACCAGAUCGGGGAGGCCGUGUCCACGUCCUCUCUGAAGAUCGAGGACCGUCACUGGCUGCAGGCGGAUUCCCUGCAUCCCGAUGCCCUGCCACGCAUUGGGGCAUUGGAGGCGCCCAAGGCGGAUCGUCCUGCCGCCCCAGAGCCCACGUACGAGACCCCGGUGUUCAUCACGCACCUGAACAACAUCGAGUGCAAGGAGUCGGACAAUGUGCGCUUCGAGUGCAACGUGGAGCCCGCUCGGGAUCCCACCAUGCAGAUCGAGUGGUUCUACAAUGGACAGCCGCUGCAGGCGGCGGCCAAAUUCAAGUCCAUCUACGAUUUUGGCUACUGCGCUUUGGAUCUGAAUAACUCGUAUGCGGAGAACAGUGGCAUCUACACGUGCAAGGCCACCAAUAGCCGGGGAUCGGCCACCACAUCGGGCACGCUCAAGUGCACCGGGGGCAAGACCAUGUUCCUGGACACGCAGCAUCCCCAGGGAGAGAGCGGUCUGGAGGCCGUCCAGGAGACAGAAGAGGCCUUGGCCAAUCGCUAUGCCCAGAAAUCGACCAAGCCCGAGACCCAGUACCCACCGCCCGUGUGGACAAAGCCUCUGCAGGCGGAGUUCCAUCUGUCGGAGGCGCAGCCCAUCCAUCUGGAGGCCAAUGUGGAGCCCAAGGAGGACCCCAAUCUAUUCAUCGAGUGGUACUUCAACGGCAAGAUGCUGCAGCAUGGCUCCCGGUUCAAGAUGACCACGGAGUUUGGGUUCGUCACGAUGGACAUGAUCGAGGUGUAUGCCCGCGAUCAGGGCAUCUACACGUGCAAGGCGUACAACAAGGCCGGCGAGGCCUUCACCUCCACGACCAUCUUCUGCUCCACGAAGGAGAGCAUCAUUGAGUCCACGCAGCACCCGAAGGGCGCGGAGGGUCUCGAGCAGAUCCAGGACCUGGAGGAUUCACUGCGCAAGGACGGCUCGAAGCCGGAGCAGCCCGAUCUGGGCAUUGCGCCGCGCUUCACCACGGAGUUCGUGAACAUUGCGGACAUUGGGGAAGGAGAGCUGGCCCAUUUCGAGGCAAAUCUGAUUCCUGUCGGGGAUCAGAGCAUGAUCAUCGAGUGGUUCUACAAUGGCAAGGUCCUGGAGGCCAGCCACCGCGUGCGCACCAUCUAUGCGUUCGGAACGGUGGCCCUGGAGGUCCUCGGCACCAAGAUCGAGGACACUGGCACCUACACGUGCCGUGCCACCAAUAAACAUGGCACUGCCGAAAUCAGCUGCACGCUGGAGUGCGUGGACAAGCCACGUGGCCAGAAGCCACAUUUCACCUCCCACAUCCAGCCACUGGAGGGCCUGAAGGACGGCCAGGCGGCGCACUUCGAGUGCACGCUGAUUCCGGUCAACGAUCCGGAGCUGAAGGUCGAAUGGUACCACAACGGCACCCUGUUGCGCCACUCGAAUCGCAUCAAGACCGUCUCCGACUUCGGCUACGUUGUCCUGGACAUUGCCUACCUGCAGGACCACGAUUCCGGCGAGUAUGUGUGCCGUGCCUGGAACAAAUACGGCGAGGACUUUACCCGCACGACUCUCAACUGCGGCGGACGCGGCGGCGUCUUCUACGACAGCCUGCAGCCUGACUCCUUGCAGCGUAUCCGCGAGCUGGAGUGCCCCCAGGGCCCGCAGGGCGACACCAGUGCCCCCGCGGUGGCAGAGCCACCGAAAUUCAUCACCCAAAUCGCGGAUGUCACCAAAUUGGUCGAGGGACAGAGCGCCCACUUUGAGGCCCGUCUCACGCCCAUCACCGAUCCCGAUCUGGUGGUGGAAUGGUACUUCAACGGCAAGAAACUGCCACAUGGCCAUCGGUUCCGCACUUUCCACGACUUUGGCAUCGUUAUCCUGGACAUCCUGUACUGCUACGAAGAGAACUCUGGCGUGUACGAGUGUCGGGCGGUCAACAAAUACGGAGAGGACUCCACGCGAGCCUCCCUCAAGUGCACCUCAAAGGCCAGCCUCAUUUUGGACUCCCAGCUGCCGCGCGGCAUGGAGGGCGGCCUUGAGAAGAUCGCCAAUCUGGAGUACAGCAUGGUCCGCACACGCGACGACACCACCACCGAGGAGACCAAGGGCAAGGCUCCCGUCUUCACGGUGCCCCUCGAGAACAUCGACAACAUGCGGGAGGGCGAGAAUGCACACUUUGAGGCCAGGAUAACGCCCGCGGACGACCCCAAGCUAAAGGUCGAAUGGUUCUGGAAUGGACGUCCCCUCAAGGCGGGCUCUCGCUUCCGCACUUUCUGCGACUUUGGCUUUGUUAUCCUCGAGAUUUCUCCCGUGUAUCCCGAGGACUCUGGGGAGUACUCGUGCCGCGCCAUCAACGAGUACGGCGAGGCCGUGACCACCUCCACCAUGAAAAUCCAGGGCAAGCGAUCCAUCAUCAUGGAAUCGCAGCUGCCGAAGGGCAUGGAGGGCACGAUCGAUCGCAUCGCAGAGCUCGAAGGCUUGGGCUCGCGCAGCACAGAGUUUGUGCCCGACGACGACACUGGCAAGCCGCCAGAGUUCAUCACGACACCCUUCGACAUGGUCAUCACGGAGAACUCUCUGGCGCACUUUGAGUGCCGUCUGCAGCCGAUCAACGACCCCUCGAUGCGCGUGGACUGGUUCCACAAUGGCAAGGCCUUGUGGGCCGGCUCUCGCAUCAAGACGAUCAAUGACUUUGGCUUCGUGAUCCUCGAGAUUGCGGGAUGCUAUCAGCGGGACACUGGGCUGUACACGUGCAAGGCCACCAACAAGCACGGCGAGGCCACGGUCUCCUGCAAGCUGCAGGUCAAGGGCCGUCAGGGCAUCGUCAUGGAGCCGCAGCUGCCCUCGAACUUCCGCACUGGCACCGAGAGCCUCCAGAAGCUGGAGGAGAGCAUGCACAAGCGGGAGGAGAUCAUCAUCGAUGAGGAGCAGCCCAAUCCCCCGAAGUUCACCGAGGACAUCAAGGACAACCUGGAUGUCCCCGAGGGCGGUCCCAUUCACUUCGACUGCCGCGUGGAGCCCGUCGGCGAUCCCUCGAUGCGCAUCGAAUGGUUCUACAAUGGCCGCGUGAUGGCCACUGGCUCGAGGGUCCAUCAGUUGAAUGAUUUCGGCUUUAUUGCUCUGGAUGUGGACUACAUCUAUGCCCGCGACUCCGGGGAGUACACGUGUCGUGCCACCAACAAGUGGGGCACUGCCACCACCACCGCCAAGGUCACGUGCAAGGGCAAGCACAACAUUGUCUACGAGUCGCAGCUGCCCGAGGGCAUGACCUCCGAUAAGCUCAAAGAACUCGAGCGCGGACGCAUACCCGAGGCACCCAAGAUCGUCGAACAGGAGUACGGACCACCACAGUUCGUGACACAGAUCACCAACGUCACCGUCGAGGAGGCCGAGGCCGUGCGCUUCGAGUGCCAGGUGGAACCCAAAACGGAUCCCAGCCUGCGCGUCGAAUGGUAUCGCAACGGCAAGCCCCUGCCCUCGGGCCAUCGCUAUAGGAAUAUCUUUGACAUGGGCUUCGUCUCUCUGGACAUCCUGUACGUCUAUGGCGAGGAUUCUGGGGAGUACGUGUGCCGUGCCAUCAACAAUCAUGGCGAGGACCGCACUAGAGCCACAGUCUCCUGCAAAAAACUGCCUACCAUUUUGUUGCAGAACCAAGUGCCCCGCGGCAUGAAACGCUCUGAUGCCCUCACCCAAAUGGAGGCCACCAUCAAGAAGUACACCUCGGAAGUGCAUCUCACAGAAGACGAUCUGUUCGAUCCGGACCGCAAGCAGCCGCCGAGAUUUGUGACCCAAAUCAAGGAACAGCUGACGCUCACGGAGAUGGCCGUCACGAAGUUCGAAUGCCAAUUGGCGCCAGUGGGUGAUCCCAACAUGAAGGUUGAAUGGUUCUUCAAUGGCAAGCCUCUGCUGUACAAGAACCGCUUCCAGCCCAUCUACGAUUUCGGUUAUGUGGCCAUGAACUUUGGCUGGGUCUAUCCCGAGGAUUCGGGAGAGUACGUCUGCCGUGCCACCAAUUUGUAUGGCAAGGACGAGACCCGAGCCUUCAUCAAGGUCUCUGGAAAGCCAGGCAUUGUCUAUGAUUCGCAGCUGCCUGCUCAUAUGCAGAGCAUUGAUCGCAUACGAGAAAUGGAGGCCUCAUGGCAGGUUGUCCCCGAGGAGGCCGAUCCCGAUGCCAAGCCCCGAUCUAAGCCUGUCUUUGUCAGCAAAAUCGAACCCCAGACGGUGGAGGAGGGCGAACCCGCCCGAUUCUGUGUCCGUGUCACUGGACAUCCACGUCCCAGGGUCAUGUGGUUGGUCAAUGGCCACACCGUGGUGCAUGGCUCUCGCUAUAAGCUCACCAACGAUGGCAUGUUCCAUUUGGAUAUCCCGAAGACCCGCCAAUACGACACUGGCAAAGUGGAGGUCAUUGCCCGCAAUUCUGUGGGUGAAUCCAUCACCCAAACCGAACUGAAGGUCGUCUCACGCUCCGAUGACUAUCGCAAUGUCCUAAAGAACUCCCCACGCCCCUGGUACGAUUACGAGCUAGCCGCCUAUCAGAAGGAACGCCAGGACAACGAGCUGGAAAAGGUAUUCGAUGAACGUAAGCAAUAUUUGUCCGAGCAGAGUGCGCACACGCUCAAGGGCGUGGAGCAUCUGAAGCCGAAGCAGUACAAGCCCCAGACACCCGACUGGCAGCAGAAUGUGAAGGCCAAGAAGAGCGAGGAGUACUACAACAAGCUGCAGAGCCUCGAGGUGGAGCAGCUCCUCAAGGAAACCAAUCUGAGGAGGGACAAUCAUCAGUAUGCCAUUCCCGGCGAGAAGGUUGUCAGCAGCUCCGCGGCCAAGGGCAUGGCCCACUCGUACGAAGAGAAUCUUCAAGAGCAGACGAGCACCACUCAAGUCAAGCCUGCGCCGCCAAAGGGCACCGCUGAGCCCUCGGAAUCGUCGGUGCAUGGCCGCGAGGUGCACAUGAACAAGCAACAGCAAGUGCAGAAGGAGAUUCAAGGUGAUCUGGAGAUCACCCGCAAGAUCACUGCCACCGAGACCACCGAAGUGGAGCACAAGGGCACCAUCCAGGAGCGUGUCGUCAAGGGACCCGUGAAGCCCGCCAAGGCCCCCGUCUUCACCAAGAAGAUCCAGCCCUGCCGCGUAUUUGAGAACGAACAGGCCAAAUUCGAGGUGGAGUUCGACGGGGAGCCCAAUCCGACGGUGAAAUGGUACCGCGAGAGCUUCCCCAUCCAGAACUCGCCCGAUCUGCAGAUCCACACGUUCAGCGGCAAGUCGAUUCUGAUCAUCCGCCAGGUGUUUGUCGAGGAUUCGGCCGUCUUUUCGUGCGUGGCCGAGAAUCGCGGAGGCACCGCCAAGUGCAGUGCCAAUCUCGUGGUGGAGGAGCGUCGUCGUGCAGGCAAGGGAGGCAUCCAGCCCCCGAGCUUUGUGAACACCAUUCAGAGCACCACCGUGGCCACCGGACAGCUGGCACGCUUCGAUGCGAAGGUCACCGGCACCAAGCCCAUGGAUGUCUACUGGCUGAAGAACGGCAUGAAGAUCCAUCCGAGCAUCAAAUUCAAGAUGCUCGAGGAGGACAGCAUCCACACCCUGCUGAUCAUCGAACCCUUCGCCGAGGACUCCGGCCGCUACGAGUGUGUGGCCGUCAAUUCCGCUGGAGAGGCGCGCUGCGAUGGCGAUUGCGUUGUCCAGUCGCCCACAAAGCCGGAGAAACCCACAACACCCGGCAGCGAGAAGGCCCCCCACAUUGUGGAGCAGCUGAAGAGCCAGUCGGUCGAGGAGGGCAGCAAGGUGAUCUUCCGCUGCCGCGUGGACGGCAAGCCCACGCCCACGGCCCGCUGGAUGCGAGGCGAGAACUUUGUGAAGCCGUCGCGCUACUUCCAAAUGUCGCGCCAGGGCGAGUACUACCAGUUGAUCAUCUCGGAGGCCUUCCCCGAGGACGAGGGCACCUACAAGUGUGUGGCCGAGAACAAGCUGGGCAGCAUCCAGACCAGCGCCCAGCUGAAGGUGCGUCCCAUCGAGAAUUUGGACGCCCCACCCACCAUCACGGCCCUGAAGGAUGUCUCCGUCACGGAGGGCAUGCCCGCCCAGUUCAAGACGACGGUGACGGGCAAGGUGAAGGCCACCAGUGUUCAGUGGUUCCGCGAGGGACAGCUGAUCCCUGAGACCCCAGAUUUCCAGAUGAUCUUUGAUGGCAACAGCGCUGUGCUUUUGAUUGGAACCACCUACGAGGAGGAUUCGGGCAUCUUUACAGUACGUGUGACCUCGUCCACCGGCCAGGUCGAGUCCUCAGCCAAACUGACUGUUAAAAAACGACGAAUCUCGGCCUUUCAAUUGCGCACAAUUGAUUCCGCCGAAGAUGAGUCCUCAUCCUCCGGCCGGGAGGAUGCACCCGACUCGCCCCUGCAGCCAGGACAACAGCUGCAGCCGGGAGGCCAGCAACAGCAGCAGUUUGGCCAGUAUCUGGGGGUCAAUGGUCAUGAGGGAAGGUCGCGCACAAAGAAGCCGAAGGUGAGGAGCAAGUCCCUGCAGCCUGCCACAAAGGUGAUACCCUGGCGCAAGUCCUCGCGUCCGAAUCGUGGACGUUCGCUGGACAAGGGCGUUUUCCUGCCAGGCUUCAAGCCGGAGCCUGUCAAGUCCUGGACUGAGGAGACCAUCAGCCUGAAGGCCACACCCAUUGAAAAGAAGAAGCCCACUCCGAAGCUGGAGGCGGCCACAGUGGUCCUCAAGUCGAUCAAAACAGAGCGGGAUCGGGGCAUCAUGAGUCUGGGCGCCACUCUGGAGCAGAUCAUUGCCGGCAAGACAGAAAAGGAGGCGGUGCCCUGGAUCACGAUGCGCGAGAAGCUCAAGCAAGUGGAGAGCGUGUCGGAGCAGCUGAACAAGUUCGACAUCGACGAGGUCUAUCUGCGUCCCCUCGAAGGAGCCAUCGAGACGGAGGAGCCACUGCCGCAGCAGGCGCAGGUGGCACAGGAGCAGCGCACCAAGGAGAUCCAGCGGCUGAAGAGCAUGGAGAGCGUGGAGAUUAUGGAGAUGACGGAUCAGAUCGACAAGCUGAUCACCCAGCAGCAGAACAACAAGGACCUCAUACCCUGGAAGGAGAUGCGGCAGCAGCUGAAGAGCGUGCAGCGUGUGACCAAGCAGAUCGACAAGUUCAAGAUCGAGGAAGUGGAACUGAAGCACUUGCAGGCACAGCAGGCCAUCGCUGAGGAGGUUCUCCUCACCAUCGAUGAGAGCUCCAAGGGCUCCAUCUCGAAGAUGGUCCAGCGCGAGGACCUCCAGCGGUACGAGGAGGACCAGUCGGGCAUCUACAAGCAGCACUUCAUCACCACCGAAGACGUCAACAUCAUGCACGUCUCCGAGCGGGAGAAGCUGGAGGCCCAGCGUCUGAUCCGCGAGCAGCAGGCCGUCAACUGGCGGCAGCAGCAACAGCAGCGGCCCCAGCUGCAGCCCCUCACCUCCGUGGAGGACACCAUUUCGCAGGCGAGCGAUCGCCAGAGACUGGUCCAGCAGCAGAGCCUCAUCGAGGAGGCCCAGCGACAGCAGUUCGUGCAGAUCGAGGACUCGCAGAUGAUGAGCCUCGAGCAGUACGAGCACCAGAAGAUCGUCAAUCAGCGAACGCAGCAGGAGGCCUUCGACUGGCGCCAGCCACGGGAGCCCCAGAAGUUCAUUCAAGUGGAGGACUCCUCGCUCAUGCAUUUGCAGGAGCGUCAGGAUACCCAGGAGCAGCAGUUGCUGCAACAGCAGCCCGUCCUCUGGGAUCGUGGCAAGAAGAAGCCGGAACAGGCCCAGCCCCAGCCCCAGGCACCCGUCCAAGAACAGCAGCAGCAGCUGGUGGAGAAGCCAAAGACCUACGAGGAAAUGCACGACGUGCUGCAGGAGCCUCUGCCAGUGGCCCAGCCACAGCAGCAGCCCGUUCUGUGGGAACGCGGCAAGAAGCAAAAGCCUGCCGCCCAGACCUACGAGGAGCUGCAUGACGUGCUGCAGGAGCCCCUGCCCGUGCAACAGCAACAGCCCGAGCCGGUGCCAGUCCUAUGGGAACGCGGCAAGAAGAAGGUCGUACAGGAACAGGUGACCACCACUCAGGAGGUGCUGCAACAGACCUCUCAAGUGAUCGAGCAGCAGACUUCUCAAGUGGUCGAACAGCAGACCACCCAGGUCCUGCAGCAGCAACAGAUCGUGGAGGAGACCAAAAAGACAGCCGUCCGCCGCGUGAUUCCCCCACGGGAACCCGAGCAGAAGGUGGAGCAGGUACAGCUGAAGCCAACGCCCAGACCCCGCCCCAAACAAGCGGAGAAGGCGGAGGACUUCCAGUUGAAGCCCCUGAAGACCACCAGACCCGUGCAGCAGUUGGUGGAGCAGCAGCCGGCCCAAAGGGGCUACGAAGAGGCCACGGAUGAGCUGCUCGAAGAAGAGCCUGUGCCCCAAGUGGAGGCACAGCCCCAGCCUGUGCUGUGGGAACGCGGCAAGAAGCAGAAGCCUCAACAGACAGUGGAGCAGGAGGCACCCAAAACUCUAGAGGUGGCAGUCGACACUCUAGAGGAGGAAAAGGUCGUCCCCGUAGAGCCGCAACCGCAGCCUGUGCUGUGGGAGCGUGGCAAGAAAAAGCCAGCCACAAAGGCGGAAGUUGUCGAGGAAGCAGCUCCCAAAACGCUCGAAGUGGCAGUGGACACCCUGGAGGAGGAGGAGCAGAAGGCUCAGCCUCAACCCCAGCCUCAAUUGUGGGAGCGCGGCAAGAAAAAGAAGCCCCAGCCCAAGCCCCAAGAAGUUGUCGAGGAAAAGCUGGAAGAAACACCAGUCCAGACCUACGAAGAGGCUGUCGACGUCCUGCCCGAAGAACCCAUCGUGGAGGAGACGCCACAGCCUGUUUUGUGGCAGCGUGGCAAGAAGAAGCCCAAGGCUGCACCCAAGCCCGAACCAGAAGAGCCCGUGGAAGAAGAGCAGCACCCCGAUGAGGUCGAUGCGCAAAUCGAGAAGGUCCUUGUGGAAGAGGAGGUGGAAGUGGUCCAGGAAAGGCGCAAGAUCAGGAAGAUCAAGAAGCCCAAGGCCACGGAAGAGGUUCAGGAAGAGAUUGUGGAGGAAAUUCCUGAGGAAGAAGUCCCCGAAGAGGUUGUCGAGAUCCUGGAAGAGCAGGAGGAUAUCGUAGAAGAAAAGAAAAAGGUCAAAAAGAUCAAGAAACCAAAGAAAAUUGUUGAAAAGACUGAAGAGGAGGUUCCUGAAGAGGAGGUUCCCGAAGAAGAGACUGUCGCAGAACUCGAAGAGAUCGUGGAAGAGCCUGAAGAGAUCGUUGAAGAGCCUGAAGAGAUCGUGGAAGAACAGGAAGAGAUCUUGGAGGUCCAAGAAGAAGUUGUCGAAGAAAAACGUAAGGUGAAAAAGGUCAAGAAACCGAAAAAGACUGAAGAAACGAUCGAGAUCACAGAAGAACAGCCCGAAGAAGAGGCACCUGAAGAAGAAGAGGUCGUAGAAGAGCCAGCAGAGAUCGUGGAAGAAAAGAAAAAGGUGAAAAAGGUCAAGAAACCCAAGAGCAAGGUAACCGUAGAACAAGAAGCCGAAGAAGAACAACCCGCAGAAGAGGUUGAAGAACCAGAAGUGGAAGAACCCAUCGCUGAAGAACCUCUUCCAGUAGAAGAACCCAAAAAAGUGAAACCCAAGCCCCAACAGGUGGUAGAACAGGUAGAAAAGGUGGAGCUGAAGCGGACGCCCCGGAAGCAACAGCCUCUUCCCGAAAAGGAACAAGUGGAGGAGGUGUCCUUGAAGCCAUUGAAAAAGACUGCUGUUGUCUCGCAAGAGACACCACAACCAGAGGAGAUCGAAACGGAGGAGGUCAUCACCACCGAGGAGCAAAUUGUGGAUGUAACCAAGAAGCGGGUGAAGAAAAAGAAGCCCAAGCCAAAGACAGCCACAGAAGAGGUCUCAGAAGAGCCGGAAGAGGAACCUCUGGAAGAGCUCGAGGAAGAGGAACUGCAGCCCCAGGAAGAGGAGCAACAGCCAGAGGAAGAGGUGCAGCAGCCCAUCCCAGAAGAGGAGCAGCCUGUACAACCAAAGGCAGCACCAAAACCGAAGCCACAGAAGCAGGAAAUCAUCGAAAAGGUGGAAGAAGUGGCUCUCAAGCGUGUCUCGCGACCAAAGAAAACGCUGCCGGAGGAGGCCACCAUCGAGGAGGUGCGUCUCAAGCCCACCACCAGGAAGUCCAUCAAGCCCGAGGAAGUGAAACUCGAAGAAGUGGACCUGCAGCACGUGGAAAAGGUCGAGGAAGAGCUCAUCCAAGAGGAGAAGCGCAAGACCAAAAGGGUCAAGAAGCCCAAGCACGAGGAUCUGCCGGAUAUUCCCGAUGCAGAGCCCACCCAGCUGGAGGAAGCGGAGCACUUGGACCUCGAGAAGGAGCCCAAGAUCGAGGAGGAGCAGCCCCAAGUGCCAUGGAAGCGAGGCGAAAAGAAGAAGCCCGUGGAGGAGGUGCUCGAGGAGAAGCAAUGGCCCAAGGGCAAGCGGCAUCUGCUUCCCGCCGAGCAGCCCGAGGAAGUGCAGCUCAAGCCCAUCCCCGCGAAGCCAGCGGAGGCGCCACAGCAGCCAGAAAAGGCCAUUCCAGGGCCCCAGCUGGUGCCCCAAGAGAAGCCCGAAAGCGAAGAGGAGGAACUGGAACUGGAACCCCUCAAAGUGCCCGAGGACUCUGCCCCCAAGGUCAAGAAGGAAAAGAAAAAGAAGCCCAAGCUAAAGAAGGCCACGCCCUCGGUGGAUGAGGUCUCGGAGGAGAUGGCCGAGCCAUUUGCCGAGCCCAUUGCCGAGGAAGAUGAGGUCGACGAGGUCCUUCCCGUCGACGAUGACAAAGUGGUGGCCGUCUCUGAGGAUGUCCUGCCCGAGGAGGAGGUCAUUCCCUCAGAGGAGAGCCCCGCCGAGGCGAAGCAAAAGGCCCAAAAGAAGCGCACAAAGCGCCUGAAACAGGCCUCCGUCGAGGGACAGCCGCAACUCCUCGAAGCAGCCAUUGCGGAAAUCGAAAAGGUGGACGAAGUGUUCCAAGAGAUCUCACAAAAAACCAUCACCUUGCUGAAAAAGACUGAAGAUACGCGACCGCAGUUCAUCACCACGGAACAGCUGAUCGAACUGGACGUGGAGGAUGUCCGUCGCGAUCUCGAGAUGAAGGUCACCUCGAACAUCAUCAAGAAGGAGAAGCGUAGGGUCGUUCUGGACGACAGUCAACCGCUGCCGGAGCUGGAGCUCAUCACACAGAAGCGCAUCCAGGAGGGCAUCGAUCGCGUGGCCGAUGAAGAGCUCAUCGAGGAUCAGCAGCUCACACAGAACCAGCAGGAGACCACCACUUCGGAGGUGAUCGGACAGGAGAGGAAGCUCGUGAAGAAAAAGAAGAAGGAGAUCAAGCCACCGCGCAUCACAGAGAAGCUGCGACCCCGCCAAUGCGUCCCCGAAGAGCCCACAGUGCUGGAGUGCAAGGUGGAGGGAGUGCCCUUUCCCGAAAUCAAUUGGUACUUCAAUGACAUACUUCUCUUUGCCUCGGAGAAGUACGAGAUCACGGUGGUGGAGCAGGUGGCGCAGCUGAAGAUCGCCAAGGUCACGCCCAGCGAUGUGGGCGUCUACACGUGUGAGGCCAAGAACGAGGCAGGAGUGGCCACAAGUCGUACCAACAUUAUUCUCGAAAAAGAACAAGGCGUCGCGCCACAGUUUACGAAACCCCUAAAGAUCGAGUUCACCGAAGAGAAACAGCCCGAGAGGCUGAAGGUCACGGUGACCUGUCAGGUGGCCGGGAAGCCCCACCCACAGGUCAAAUGGUAUCGCGGCAUCGAGGAGGUUCUGCCCAGCGAAACCGUCCAAAUGUUCCACGACGAGCAGACGGGCGAUGUGGCCCUGGAGGUGUUUAACCCGCCGCCGAAUGAGGCCAUCACGUACUCGGUGCAGGCACAAAACCAGUUUGGACGUGCCAUUGGCAAUGCCAACAUCAUGAGUCGCCUGGAUGAGGCGCAGCAGGAGCCCAAGGAGAUCCUAAAGCCCCCCACAGUCACUCCACUGAACGCCGUCGUGGUGCCCACGGGAGGCACCCUUCGCUUCGAGGUCCAGUACGAUGGUCUGCCCCGACCGGAGAUCAAGUGGAUGCGCAAUGGCCGGGAGAUCGUGGAGAACGAGGAGAUCAUUGUGGAGACCACGGAGACGACCACCGUCAUCACGGUGAUCAAUAUGACGCGCAAGCGAACGGGCAAAUACGAAGUUUGGGCCAAGAACAAGGUCGGGGAGGCCAAGUCGUCGGGUUCGGUGGUUGUGUCCGACUCGAAACCCGAUCAGCAGAUCCAGCCGCCACGUUUCGUGCAGCCCCUGGAGCCCAAGUACUUUGGGGAGCAUGAGGUGGCCAUCCUGGAGGCUGUCGUGGAGUCGGAGCCGCUGUCCUCCUUCCAAUGGUUCGUCCACAACGAGCCCAUCAAGAGCUCCAACGAGUGCCGCAUCGUUAGCCAGGCCAACAAGUCCACUCUGUUGAUUGAGGACUUCCAGCGGAAGUUCAUUGGACCCUUUACCUGUCGGGCGGAGAACGUGGGUGGCUCGGUGACGUCCACGGCGACUGUCAAUCUACUGGAGGCCCUGCCCCAGGAGGAGGCAGUGGAAUUUGAAUCGCCACGCUUCACCGAGGAGCUCGCGCAGCCCGUCGAGGUGAUGGACGGUGAGGCGUUGCUGCUGCAGUGCCGGGUGCGGGGCAAGCCCACACCCAAGGUGGAAUGGUAUCACAACGAGGAGAAGAUUGCCGAGACAAAGGAAACUACGAUAUCGCAGGACUUGCAAGGCAAUUGCCAGCUGCAGAUUACCGAAGUGUUCCCCGAGAACGAGGGCCAAUACAAGGCCGUGGCCAGCAAUAAGAUUGGCAAGACAGUGACCAAGACAAACGUUAAAAUUCAAGCAUUUGAAUAUAUCCCCGAUUCUGAAAUCACUGGACUCACAGGAUCUGAGGAGGAUCUACUUGAUAGAACCCUCUCAAUCGACGAACAAGCACCGAAAAUCAUUAAAAAACUACCUGAGAAAAUCGAACCCAAAGAGGGCGAACAGCCAAAGCUGGAGGUGAAGGUCAUUGGACGACCCAAGCCCAAGGUCAAAUGGCUGCGCGACGAUGAGCAAAUCUUUGCCUCCGAGGAAUAUCAAAUUGAGAAUUUCGACGACGGCACAUCGGUGCUGGUGAUCAAUAAUGUGUAUCCCGAUGAUUGGGGCACCAUUAGUUUUGAGGCGUACAAUCCAUUGGGCGUGGCAGUGACAACGGCUCUGUUUUCCGUCGAAGGCAUCGUUGGAUCCAAGGAUUAUCGCAAACCGGAAUGGGUCACACAGAUGGAGGAAAUGCAGGUGGCACUCAAAGAUACAAAACAAACCACAGACACACCACACACCACACCACAAAAAACACCCAAACACAAACAAGAAACUAAUGAAACCGCAAUCACGGAAACCCCCGAAACUCUGCAAGUCAUUGAGGAAAUUGCGGAAGACGGAAAAGUCAAGAAGAAGAAGAUCCGUACUCGGGUAAUCAAGAAGGUCAAGGGAGACAAACAGGAAGUCACCAAGAUCGAAACCGUCGAGGAGGAUGACAAGGUACCCGAGACUACAGUCACCGUUGAAGAGGUUCCUUACGAAGAAGAAAAACCCGAGCAGAUCCAGGAGCUUCCAGAGGAGGUUCGCGUUGUAGAAUCUAUCUCUGAAGAUGGCAAACCCAAGAAGAAGAAGAUCCGUACUCGCGUAAUCAAGAAGGUCAAGGGCGAUAAGCACGAAGUCACCAAGAUCGAAACCGUCGAGGAGGAUGACAAGCCUUCUGAGACUACUGUCACCGUUGAAGAGGUCCCCUACGAAGAAGAGAAGCCCGAGGAGAUCCAAGAGCUUCCAGAGGAGGUUCGUGUGGUGGAAACCAUUUCCGAAGACGGCAAGCCCAAGAAGAAGAAGAUCCGCACUCGGGUAAUCAAGAAGGUCAAGGGCGACAAGCAAGAAGUCACCAAGAUCGAAACCGUCGAGGAGGAUGACAAGGUACCCGAGACUACAGUCACCGUCGAAGAGGUUCCUUACGAAGAAGAGAAGCCCGAGGAGAUUCAGGAGCUUCCAGAGGAGGUUCGCGUUGUCGAAACUAUUUCAGAAGACGGCAAGCCCAAGAAGAAGAAGAUCCGUACUCGCGUUAUCAAGAAGGUCAAGGGAGACAAGCACGAAGUCACCAAGAUCGAAACCGUCGAGGAGGAUGACAAGGUACCCGAGACUACAGUCACCGUCGAAGAGGUCCCCUACGAAGAAGAGAAGCCCGAGGAGAUACAGGAGCUUCCAGAGGAGGUUCGCGUUGUAGAAUCUAUCUCUGAAGAUGGCAAGCCCAAGAAGAAGAAGAUCCGCACUCGCGUAAUCAAGAAGGUCAAGGGCGACAAGCAAGAAGUCACCAAGAUUGAAACCGUCGAAGAGGAUGACAAGGUACCCGAGACUACAGUCACCGUCGAAGAGGUCCCCUACGAAGAAGAGAAACCCGAGGAGAUUCAGGAGCUUCCAGAGGAGGUUCGCGUUGUCGAAACUAUUUCCGCAGACGGCAAGCCCAAGAAGAAGAAGAUCCGUACUCGCGUUAUCAAGAAGGUCAAGGGAGACAAGCACGAAGUCACCAAGAUCGAAACCGUCGAGGAGGAUGACAAGGUACCCGAGACUACAGUCACCGUCGAAGAGGUCCCCUACGAAGAAGAGAAGCCCGAGGAGAUUCAGGAGCUUCCAGAGGAGGUUCGCGUUGUAGAAUCUAUCUCUGAAGAUGGCAAGCCCAAGAAGAAGAAGAUCCGCACUCGCGUAAUCAAGAAGGUCAAGGGCGACAAGCAAGAAGUCACCAAGAUCGAAACCGUCGAAGAGGAUGACAAGGUACCCGAGACUACAGUCACCGUCGAAGAGGUCCCCUACGAAGAAGAGAAACCCGAGGAGAUCCAGGAGCUUCCAGAGGAGGUUCGCGUUGUAGAAUCUAUCUCUGAAGAUGGCAAACCCAAGAAGAAGAAGAUCCGCACUCGCGUAAUCAAGAAGGUCAAGGGCGACAAACAAGAAGUCACCAAGAUCGAAACCGUCGAGGAGGAUGACAAGCCUUCUGAGACUACUGUCACCGUUGAAGAGGUCCCCUACGAAGAAGAGAAGCCCGAGGAGAUCCAAGAGCUUCCAGAGGAGGUUCGUGUGGUGGAAACCAUUUCCGAAGACGGCAAGCCCAAGAAGAAGAAGAUCCGCACUCGGGUAAUCAAGAAGGUCAAGGGCGACAAGCAAGAAGUCACCAAGAUCGAAACCGUCGAGGAGGAUGACAAGGUACCCGAGACUACAGUCACCGUCGAAGAGGUCCCCUACGAAGAAGAGAAGCCCGAGGAGAUUCAGGAGCUUCCAGAGGAGGUUCGCGUUGUAGAAUCUAUCUCCGAAGACGGCAAGCCCAAGAAGAAGAAGAUCCGCACUCGGGUAAUCAAGAAGGUCAAGGGCGACAAGCAAGAAGUCACCAAGAUCGAAACCGUCGAAGAGGAUGACAAGGUACCCGAGACUACAGUCACCGUCGAAGAGGUCCCCUACGAAGAAGAAAAACCCGAGGAGAUCCAGGAGCUUCCAGAGGAGGUUCGUGUGGUGGAAUGUAUUUCUGAAGAUGGCAAGCCCAAGAAGAAGAAGAUCCGCACUCGGGUAAUCAAGAAGGUCAAGGGCGACAAACAAGAAGUCACCAAGAUCGAAACCGUCGAGGAGGAUGACAAGCCUUCUGAGACUACAGUCACCGUUGAAGAGGUCCCCUACGAAGAAGAGAAGCCCGAGGAGAUUCAGGAGCUUCCAGAGGAGGUUCGCGUUGUAGAAUCUAUCUCCGAAGACGGCAAGCCCAAGAAGAAGAAGAUCCGCACUCGGGUAAUCAAGAAGGUCAAGGGCGACAAGCAAGAAGUCACCAAGAUCGAAACCGUCGAGGAGGAUGACAAGGUACCCGAGACUACAGUCACCGUUGAAGAGGUUCCUUACGAAGAAGAGAAGCCCGAGGAGAUUCAGGAGCUUCCAGAGGAGGUUCGCGUUGUGGAAUCUAUUUCUGAAGAUGGCAAGCCCAAGAAGAAGAAGAUCCGCACUCGGGUAAUCAAGAAGGUCAAGGGCGACAAACAAGAAGUCACCAAGAUCGAAACCGUCGAAGAGGAUGACAAGGUACCCGAGACUACAGUCACCGUUGAAGAGGUCCCUUACGAAGAAGAGAAACCCGAGGAGAUCCAGGAGCUUCCAGAGGAGGUUCGUGUGGUGGAAACCAUUUCCGAAGACGGCAAGCCCAAGAAGAAGAAGAUCCGCACUCGCGUUAUCAAGAAGGUCAAGGGAGACAAGCAAGAAGUCACCAAGAUCGAGACCGUCGAGGAGGAUGACAAGCCUUCGGAGACUACCGUCACCGUCGAAGAGGUCCCCUACGAAGAAGAGAAGCCCGAGGAGAUCCAGGAGCUUCCAGAGGAGGUUCGUGUGGUGGAAACCAUUUCCGAAGACGGCAAGCCCAAGAAGAAGAAGAUCCGUACUCGCGUUAUCAAGAAGGUCAAGGGAGACAAACAAGAAGUCACCAAGAUCGAAACCGUCGAGGAGGAUGACAAGGUACCCGAGACAACAGUCACCGUUGAAGAGGUCCCUUACGAAGAAGAGAAGCCCGUGGAGUUCCAGGAGCUUCCAGAGGAAGUUCGUGUGGUGGAAACCAUUUCCGAAGACGGCAAGCCCAAGAAGAAGAAGAUCCGCACUCGGGUAAUCAAGAAGGUCAAGGGCGACAAGCAAGAAGUCACCAAGAUCGAAACCGUCGAGGAGGAUGACAAGGUACCCGAGACUACAGUCACCGUCGAAGAGGUCCCCUACGAAGAAGAGAAGCCCGAGGAGAUCCAGGAGCUUCCAGAGGAGGUUCGUGUGGUGGAAACCAUUUCCGAAGACGGCAAGCCCAAGAAGAAGAAGAUCCGCACUCGCGUUAUCAAGAAGGUCAAGGGAGACAAGCAAGAAGUCACCAAGAUCGAAACCGUCGAGGAGGAUGACAAGCCGUCGGAGACUACAGUCACCGUCGAAGAGGUUCCUUACGAAGAAGAGAAGCCCGAGGAGAUCCAGGAGCUUCCAGAGGAGGUUCGUGUGGUGGAAACAGUUUCCGAAGACGGCAAGCCUAAGAAGAAGAAGAUUCGUACUCGCGUUAUCAAGAAGGUCAAGGGAGACAAGCAAGAAGUCACCAAGAUCGAAACCGUCGAGGAGGAUGACAAGCCUUCUGAGACUACUGUCACCGUCGAAGAGGUCCCUUACGAAGAAGAGAAACCCGAGGAGAUCCAGGAGCUUCCAGAGGAGGUUCGUGUGGUGGAAACAGUUUCCGAAGACGGCAAGCCUAAGAAGAAGAAGAUUCGUACUCGCGUUAUCAAGAAGGUCAAGGGAGACAAGCAAGAAGUCACCAAGAUCGAAACCGUCGAGGAGGAUGACAAGCCUUCUGAGACUACUGUCACCGUCGAAGAGGUCCCUUACGAAGAAGAGAAACCCGAGGAGAUCCAGGAGCUUCCAGAGGAGGUUCGUGUGGUGGAAACCAUUUCCGAAGACGGCAAGCCUAAGAAGAAGAAGAUUCGUACUCGCGUUAUCAAGAAGGUCAAGGGAGACAAGCAAGAAGUCACCAAGAUCGAAACCGUCGAGGAGGAUGACAAGGUACCCGAGACUACAGUCACCGUCGAAGAGGUCCCCUACGAAGAAGAGAAGCCCGAGGAGAUCCAGGAGCUUCCAGAGGAGGUUCGUGUGGUGGAAACCAUUUCCGAAGACGGCAAGCCCAAGAAGAAGAAGAUCCGCACUCGCGUUAUCAAGAAGGUCAAGGGAGACAAGCAAGAAGUCACCAAGAUCGAAACCGUCGAGGAGGAUGACAAGCCUUCGGAGACUACCGUCACCGUCGAAGAGGUCCCUUACGAAGAAGAGAAACCCGAGGAGAUCCAGGAGCUUCCAGAGGAGGUUCGUAUGGUGGAAACCAUUUCCGAAGACGGCAAGCCCAAGAAGAAGAAGAUCCGCACUCGCGUUAUCAAGAAGGUCAAGGGAGACAAGCAAGAAGUCACCAAGAUCGAAACCGUCGAGGAGGAUGACAAGCCUUCGGAGACUACCGUCACCGUCGAAGAGGUCCCUUACGAAGAAGAGAAACCCGAGGAGAUCCAGGAGCUUCCAGAGGAGGUUCGUGUGGUGGAAACCAUUUCCGAAGACGGCAAGCCCAAGAAGAAGAAGAUCCGCACUCGCGUUAUCAAGAAGGUCAAGGGAGACAAGCAAGAAGUCACCAAGAUCGAAACCGUCGAGGAGGAUGACAAGCCUUCGGAGACUACCGUCACCGUCGAAGAGGUCCCUUACGAAGAAGAGAAACCCGAGGAGAUCCAGGAGCUUCCAGAGGAGGUUUGUGUGGUGGAAACCAUUUCCGAAGACGGCAAGCCCAAGAAGAAGAAGAUCCGUACUCGCGUUAUCAAGAAGGUCAAGGGAGACAAGCAAGAAGUCACCAAGAUCGAAACCGUCGAGGAGGAUGACAAGCCUUCGGAGACUACGGUCACCGUCGAAGAGGUCCCUUACGAAGAAGAGAAACCCGAGGAGAUCCAGGAGCUUCCAGAGGAGGUUCGUGUGGUGGAAACCAUUUCCGAAGACGGCAAGCCCAAGAAGAAGAAGAUCCGUACUCGCGUUAUCAAGAAGGUCAAGGGAGACAAGCAAGAAGUCACCAAGAUCGAAACCGUCGAGGAGGAUGACAAGCCUUCGGAGACUACGGUCACCGUCGAAGAGGUCCCUUACGAAGAAGAGAAACCCGAGGAGAUCCAGGAGCUUCCAGAGGAGGUUCGUGUGGUGGAAACCAUUUCCGAAGACGGCAAGCCCAAGAAGAAGAAGAUCCGCACUCGCGUUAUCAAGAAGGUCAAGGGAGACAAGCAAGAAGUCACCAAGAUCGAAACCGUCGAGGAGGAUGACAAGCCUUCGGAGACUACCGUCACCGUCGAAGAGGUCCCUUACGAAGAAGAGAAACCCGAGGAGAUCCAGGAGCUUCCAGAGGAGGUUCGUGUGGUGGAAACCAUUUCCGAAGACGGCAAGCCCAAGAAGAAGAAGAUCCGCACUCGCGUUAUCAAGAAGGUCAAGGGAGACAAGCAAGAAGUCUCCAAGAUCGAAACCGUCGAGGAGGAUGACAAGCCUUCGGAGACUACAGUCACCGUCGAAGAGGUCCCGUACGAAGAAGAGAAACCCGAGGAGAUCCAGGAGCUUCCAGAGGAGGUUCGUGUGGUGGAAACCAUUUCCGAAGACGGCAAGCCUAAGAAGAAGAAGAUUCGUACUCGCGUUAUCAAGAAGGUCAAGGGAGACAAGCAAGAAGUCACCAAGAUCGAAACCGUCGAGGAGGAUGACAAGGUACCCGAGACUACAGUCACCGUCGAAGAGGUCCCCUACGAAGAAGAGAAACCCGAGGAGAUCCAGGAGCUUCCAGAGGAGGUUCGUGUGGUGGAAACCAUUUCCGAAGACGGCAAGCCCAAGAAGAAGAAGAUCCGUACUCGCGUUAUCAAGAAGGUCAAGGGAGACAAGCAAGAAGUCACCAAGAUCGAAACCGUCGAGGAGGAUGACAAGCCUUCGGAGACUACCGUCACCGUCGAAGAGGUCCCUUACGAAGAAGAGAAACCCGAGGAGAUCCAGGAGCUUCCAGAGGAGGUUCGUGUGGUGGAAACCAUUUCCGAAGACGGCAAGCCCAAGAAGAAGAAGAUCCGCACUCGCGUUAUCAAGAAGGUCAAGGGUGAUAAGCAAGAGGUCACCAAGAUCGAAACCGUCGAAGAGGAUAACAAGAAGCCAGAGACAACAGUCACGGUGGAAGAAACUGAUCUGAAGACUCCAUUUGGUGGCAAAGUGAAGCUUAAGAAGAGAGUUAUUGUGCAAAAGCCUGAAGAUGAGGAGACUGUGGUCGAGUUGCCUGAGAGAAAGUCUGUUAUUCUUUCAGAGAAGGAAGAUGGUACUCCCACAAAGACUGUUGUCAAGACACGAAUUAUCAAAAAGAUCAAAGGCUCCAACAUGGAGGUAACUAAGAUUCAAACUGUCGAGGAAUACGAAAAGGAGCCAAAGACAAAGGUGACAGUAGAGAACUUUGAAUUGCCCUUCCCUGAACUGCCAGAGGAAAAGAUCUCUGAGGUAGUGGUACUACCCGAUGAGGUCCUGGAGUCGGAAACAGUAGACGAAGAAGGUGCGCCAAAGAUUGUGAAAACAAAGAAACGUGUGAUUAAAAAGCCGACGAGUGACAAGAUGGAAGAGGUUACUCAAAUUGAUAUCAUUGAACAAGAUGAUGCAGAGCCCAUCUAUUCGAUAUCAGUGACAGAACAGCCUCUAACCGAAUCGAAACCGGAAGACAAUAAGUCCUUGGAGCUGCCGGAACAAGUGGCAGAGCUGGAAUACACUUCUCCAGAUGGUACCAAAAAGAAGAAGACAGUCAAGUCCAGGGCUUUCAAAAAGAACCUCGACGAUAAACUCGACGAAGUGACAACGGUUCAGACAGUCGUCGAAGACGACAAGGAACCCCUGACAACAGUUCAAGUGGAGGUUGUGCCUGCUGAUGAUUUCGCCCCCAUACCGAUUGAAGAGUUGCCGGAGGAGACAACAUUCACCGAGGAGCUGGACAGCAAUAAGAAGCCAAAGAAGAAGACGACGAAGACGCGUACCUUCAAGAAACAGGGACCAGAGGAAGAGGAUCUGGAAUAUUUCCAGAUACAAACAAUCGAGGAAGAGGGCAAAGAGCCCUAUUCCUUGAUACGGGUUGUAAGCGAUGAAAAUCUCUCUGAUAUCGCCGAUAUAAUCGAUAUUAGUAAAUGCGACGAUGAAAAGGUUUCACCCACCAACAAACACAAACAAAAGCCACACAAAAAACCCAAGGUGGAGAAACAAGCAAAGCCCGAAAACACAACAACCGAAUACAUAACGACAUUCAAAUCUGUACAAAACGAAGAUGGAGAGACCACAAUAGAAACCGAACAGAAACGAAUCUCUCAGGAGGAGCAAGGCAUCGUUGUUGAGGAGGUACUCAGUGAUACCGAACCCAUUCCAGAAGACACUACAACACCACAAUCAACACCACACCUUGAAAUUGUUGAAGUCAGCGAGCCAACAGACCAACAGAACAACAAAGAGUACACUAUCACAGAACCCGAAGAUGUUGUAAGUGCAGGAGACGACAAGAAGGAACCCAAACAGAAACAGAAACAGAAAAAGAAACCAUCUACCAAGGCUCCCAUUGAGGGGGAGACAAUUACGACACUGACAGAGGAGGGUCCUGGGGAAAAGACAGGGGUUAAGAAACGCAAACCAAAGAAAUUAGUGGUCAUAGAAGAGGGUAAGGUUGAGGAGAGUCCUACUGCUACUGGUGAGAAGAAAGACAAGCCCAAGAAAAAGAAGGUCGUUAAAUCGAAACGGGAUGAAUUGGAUGAGUACAUACAGUUCCUCAUCCAUCAGGAGAUACCCAAGACAGUCAUUCAGGGAUAUCAGCGCACGGAAAUGGAGCUCCCGCAAAGGGCUCGUCGUGAUUCGUCCUUCAAGCAACCCCAACCAAUGAAGCUGACUCCCAUGAAAAUCGAGAAAAUGGAAUUUAAACGACCCAAAAUGUUGGAAAUCACCUCGGUGGCCGAAUUCCCACAAAUGCUGAAGCUGAAAACGCCCAAGCAACGCCCGGAGGUGGAGAAAAAGAAGAAGGCCGAAGCUUCCUUCAAGAACAAGAAACUCAAGAGUUGGAUACGGUUCAUACCGUACUCUCCGUACUGCUUCCCGUAUGUCCUGACAGAGUUGGAUACCCAUCGGGAGAGUGGAGAACUCUCUCGCAAUGUCGAAGAGGCCGAAGAGGUCCUGCGGCUGCGUCCCAAGAAGUUCAAACACCGCAAGCCCUCAAAGGCAGAGCUAGAGCAGCCCGAUCUCGAGACCUUUGACUCUGAGGAGAGCCAACCUUCGGAUGAGGAGCAACCCAAGCCCAAGUACAAGCGUGGAAAGAAGAAAACGGAGGAAACUCCUGAGGAAAUUCGAAAGCUAAAACUUGGCAAGGGCAAGAUUCCACAGAAUGUCGAAACCUUGGAAGAGGUUCACUUGAAACCCGUCAAAAUCGAAGGCAAAGAAGAGGAUAUCGAAGAGAAACCCCAAAAUGUGGUCGAAGAGGAGGCUCCAAAGAAAAAGAAGUCCAAAAAGUCCGAGAAACCACAGGACACAAUCCACUUUGAGCCCUUGGAGCUGACAGAUUUCGAAAGAACUUCGGAACAACCUGGAGAAUCGGAUACAUCUAUCGUUGAAGACACUGAAACACUCGACAAACCCAAGCACAAGCGAAAGAAGAAGGUUACACCGUCACCCGAUACAAUUCAGCACAAAAUCACUCCAGGAAAGCCGAAGGACGUUGAAGAAACUCCCGAGGAUGAUCUAAAGCUGCGCUACCGUCAAGGCGAACGACCAGAGGAUGUCCAGGAAGAAGUGAAACUUAAGCCAUUCUUCAAAUAUGAAGUUGUGGAACUACAGCCAGAAGUCACUCCCGAGGAAACAGCGGAAUCGCCGAGGAAACCCAUCAAAGAACCCAAGAAAAAGCGCAAGAUUAAGGUGAAAACUGAUCUUGAGGAAAACACCAUUGAAAUAGUGGAAGUUUCACCAAAAGAUACUGAUGAAAAGAUCUAUGAAAUUACCAUCACAAGUUCGGAAACAGAUCAGGUUGAUAGAAAACCCAAGAAAACACUCAAAAAGAAGGUCAAACGCAUGAACCAAGAGGAACUUGAGCAAUUUGUGGCCGAAAUAAAGGAAGAACCUGAACAAAAGUUCUAUGAAACUCGUACAGAAGACUUCUUUGAGGUAAAACUCACGGAACUACAGCCUGAGGCUCCUUCUGAGGAGCAACCCAAGAAGCGCAGAAUCCUCCAUGAAAAGGGUAAUGAAACAGAGAUCCUUGAAAUCGUUGAAACUUUGCCUUCUGAAGGUGAAGAGCCGCUCUAUGAAGUAACAAUAACCUCUAGCGAAGCAAAGGAGGAGGAGAAGGUUAUUCCUUCAAGAGAAAAGCCCAAGAAGAAAACCAAGAAAAUGACAAAGGAUGAACUCGAUGCCUACAUUCAGCAAUUGAUCAACGCAGAGAUUCCCUUGACAGAGUUAGAGAAAUACGAGAAAAUCGAUGUGGAUGGCAAGCCAAAGAAGGCCAAGAAACAGAAACCAAAGCCUCAGGAACCCGUCUUCCCAGAGGGUGAAACGCUUCAGAUCGGAGUCACGGAACACGAGCCCAAGGAAAAGCCAAAGGCCAAGAAGCCCAAGGCCAAGAAAAUCAUCAAGGAAGAGGAAACCCUUGAAACGGAGAUAAUUCCGGUCUACGAUGAGUUCUUGAUCAAGAAGAUCGAUUCGGAGCGGGCUCCACAGGAGGAGAUCGAAGAGCCAGAAGAGGAAAUCGUCCCGGAAUUGGAUGAAAUAAUUGCUGAUCUACAGGAAACCCUACCCAUAGUUGUCCUCGAGGAGGUAGUGGACACUGUGCCACUAGUCAUUGAAGAACUCGACAUCCAGGAAGAGAAAAUCACUAAAAAGCGAAAGGUCAAGACCAGGAAAGGUUCCAAAGUGUACGAGAUUGAAAUCAUUGAAACCGAGGCUCCCGAGGAUAUCCCCGAAGAGGCGAAGGUCAUCGUGAUAACCACAGAAACAACAGAAGAUACGACGGAUGCUCCUGAGGAAGAUAAACCGGAGGCACCCAAGAAAACAGUGAAAAAGGUGAAGAAGGAAAAACUAAAGGAAUACAUCGUCAAGGUUGUGGAAGAGGCGCCUACAGAGCUGAUUGCGGAGAUAUCCGAAGAUUAUACACCGGUUCCAGAGCGCGAGAAAUCGCCAGAAGAGGACAUUACCUCCUUUAUCACGACUGUUGUUGAAGAGGAAGCCCUGCAAGAGGUUUCCCCAGAAGAGGAGAAACCAGAAGAAGUUCGAAGCCUUCCCAAGGAUAAGAAAAAGAAAUCUGAAAAGCAGAAAAAGGUGAAAAUAACAGAAACGGAACCUGAAAGAACCCCAGAGACAUUAACCAUCACAGAAGAUACUGUAUCUGUAACUGAAUCAGAGGAAGCACCCCAAGCCGAAUCAUAUUCUGUGGAAGUUAGGGACUCAACACCCAAGAAAAUCAAGAAACCCGCCAAGAAACCAAAGGAAGAGGCCCCUACAGAGCCCAUAUCUGAAUUUACAAUUCGGGUGGAAGAACUAGCACCCGAAACAAUCAUCGAAGAAACAGUCAAUGAGGAGGGACAGACAGUGGAACGUGUGAUCACCAAACGUAAGCUCAAAAAGAAGGCUGGACCCAAGGAAUACCUCAUUGAAGUGAUUGAAACCUAUGAAGAGAACAAACCCGAGGCAGAAGUCGUAAUACAAACCACAGAAAUCACACCAGUCACGGAGGAACAACCCCAGGAGGAGCACAAGAUAAAGAUCGUCAAGAAAAAGAAGCCCAAGACCGAAAGUUUGGACAACUUUAUCCAAGAACUGAUCGAAGAGGAUAUUCCGAAGCCAGAACUGGAAGAAUUCGAAGUUCGUGUAUCGGAGUCCACGACAUCGGAGGUGAAGAAACCCAAGAAAAUCAAGAAACAACACAAGAAAACCACUCAGGUGGUGGAUGGUGUGCCCACAACAGUCUAUGAGGUUAUCAUUCAAGAGUUUGAGAUCGAUCAUGAAGAUCUCAAACCCGUUGAAGUGGUAGAGGAAAGCGAUCACGAAGAUGUCGAGGAAACUCCCACGGAUCAGCAAGUAAAGGUCGUUGAAGAGAAGCCCAAGUCCAAGCCCAAGAAAUCAGCGAAAAUCAAGGUGCUGGAAGAGGAAAAGCCAGAACCCGUCAUUCAAGACAUUUCUGAAGUGGUGGAAAUCACUAAGGUCACCGAAGAGGAUGGCACCGAAAAGAAGGUGGAAGUGAAGAAAAAGAAGGUCUCCAGGAAACAGGGACCCAAGGAACAGAUCUUCGAGAUCACAGAAACCAAAACGAACGAUGAGCCUCUGGCAGAGGUAACCAUCAUCGAAGUAACCGAGGAAGAAAAGCCCAAGGAAUCUGUUCCCGAGAUCAAAGAAACGAAACCCAUCAAAAAACCCAAGAAACUGAAGCCCGAAGAUGUCAAAAACUACAUCAUCAAUGUUCUGGAAGAAUACGUCGAGCCCUAUAAGUUUGAAGAACUCCCCGAGGACGUUGAAAAGGUACAACCAGUGAUUGAAGACAUCUCCGAAUCCGUGGAAAUCGUUAAGGUAACCGAAGAGGAUGGCACCGAAAAGAAGGUGGAAACGAAGAAGAAGAAGAUCGCCAGGAAACAGGGACCCAAGGAACAGAUCUUCGAGAUCACCGAAACCAAAACGAAUGAUGAACCUCUGGCUGAAGUGACUAUAGUCGAGAUUAUAGAGGAAGAAAAGCCGGAGGAAGUUGUUCCCGAGAUCAAGGAGAAGAAACCCAUCAAGAAACCCAAGAAACUGAAACCGGAAGAUGUCAAGAAUUAUGUGAUCAAUGUUCUGGAAGAAUUUGUAGAGCCCUACAAGUUUGAAGAGGAACUUCCCGAGGACGUUGAAAAGGUACAACCAGUGAUUGAAGACAUCUCCGAAUCCGUGGAAAUCGUUAAGGUAACCGAAGAGGAUGGCACCGAAAAGAAGGUGGAAACGAAAAAGAAAAAGAUCGUCAGGAAACAGGGACCCAAGGAACAGAUCUUCGAGAUUACCGAAACCAAAACGAAUGAUGAACCUUUGGCGGAGGUGACUAUAGUGGAGAUUAUAGAGGAAGAAAAGCCGGAGGAAGUUGUUCCCGAGAUCAAGGAGAAGAAACCCAUCAAGAAACCCAAGAAACUGAAACCAGAAGAAGUUCAAAGCUACAUCAUCAACGUCCUGGAAGAAUUUGUGGAACCACAGAGGUUUGAGGAGGAGGAAGUCGAAUCCGAUGUUCCCGAGGAAAUUCCCGAACAAAAACCAAAAACUCCAAAGCCAAAGAAACCUUCAAAGAAACCCGUGGAGCAGCAGACAAUCCGCAUUGAGGAGUUGGCCCCCGAAACCGUCAUCGAAGACAUUGUCAACGAAAAGGGAGAGGAGGUCAAGCAGGUGAAGACCACAAAGAAACUCAAGAAGAAGGAUGGCCCCAAGGAGUACAUCAUUGAGAUCACAGAAACGUACCAGGAGAACAAUCCCGAGGCCAUCAUAGAAUUCACAACGACUGAAGUGCCCUCGGAGGAGGCCGCACCGAAGGACGUCGCGGAGGAGCAACCCCUGAAGAUUGUUCAGAAGAUCAAGAAAAAGAAACCCGUCAAGGACGAUCUGGACAAGUACAUCCAAGAGCUGAUCGAACAGGAGAUCACGAAAACGGAGCUGGAACAGUACGAGCCAACAGAGAUGGAUGACAAGCCCAAGAAGCCCAAGAAGAAGGUGAAGACACAUCACAAGACAACUGUGGACGUGGUGGAUGGUUUGCCUGUGACAAUCCAUGAAUUCAAUGUCGAGGAAAUCGAACCAGAAGUGGAGGAACCGGAAGAGUUGGAGAUCUUCCCAGAGGACGUGCAGGAGCUGCCACAGAAGACAGAGGAUUCUACGAAAUAUUUGGUCAACGUUGCCGAUGAAUUCUUGGAGGCCGUGAAACCCCUGGAGAGUCCCGAGGAAAAACCGAUACCGACAAAGAAGGAAAAGCCCCAAAAGAAGAAAAAGGACAAAAAGGAGGAGAUCCCCGCUGUUCCUUUGGAGGAAAUCGAACAAACUGUGGAGGUCGUCGAGCAGCCCGAUGAAGAGGGCACCAUCAAGGAGGUGACCAUCAAAAAGCGAAAGGUUCUGCGCCGCAAGGGUUCCCAGGAGAAGGUCUUUGAGAUCACAGAAACCACCAGCGAGGAUCAGCCCAUUGCGGAGGUGACAGUCACUGAAGUGAACGCCGAUGAGGUGGAAAUCACCGAGGAAGAGCCCAAGCCCGUAAAGAAGAUCCUCAAGAAGCCGAAACAAUUGAAAAAAGAUGAAAUCGAGGAAUAUGUCAUCAACGUUAUUGAGGAAUUCGUGGAACAGGCACCCAUUGAAAUCGUGGAAAGUGAGGCAGAAGAGAUUAUAGAGGAGAAACCCAAAAAAGCAAAGAAAUCUCCCAAGAAAUAUACAGUCACAGAAACAGAAGAAGAGGCGGACUCGAAGGAACCUCAAGUACCAGAGGAGAUAUUUGUGGAAACUAUGGAAAUCGUCAUUGAAAAGCCCGAUGAAACCCCUGCCUACACUGUCGGUGUUACAGAGGAGACUGCCACAGACGAUAAGCCCAAACCAAAGACCAAGAAACCUUCGAAACCCAAGACUCAAAAGCAACCCUCACAAGAGGAAUCGCCAGAAUAUUUGGUCAAGGCCAUAUCCGAUGAGCAUAUCCCCGAAGAAGUCUUCCCCGAACAUACAACCAUCGUCGUUGAGUCGGAGGAACCUGCGCCCUUGGAGGAACCAUCCUUCCAGAUCCAAGAACUCGAAACGGAGGCCGUGGAGCAGCAGAUCACAGACGACAAGGGGGAAACCACCAAGCAGACGGUCACGAAGCGAAAGAUCAAGAAGCAGGUGGGUCCCAAGGAGGAGAUCAUCGAAAUUGUGGAGACCAUGACGGAGGGGGACACACCCGAGUACGAGGUCAUAGUGCACACCGAAGAGGUGGAGCCUCUGAAGGAGGACAUUCCCCAGGAAGAGGCACCCAAAAAGGUCAGGAAAACAAAGAAGGUCCCCAAGGACGAUCUCCACGAUUAUAUUCAAAAACUCAUCGAGCAGGAUAUACCAAAAACAGAGUUGGAAAAGUACGAAAAGAUCGACUUGGAUGAGCCGGUGAAAAUGAAAAAGAAACCCGCCAAAAAGGUCAAGGUUCAUGAGGAAAAACCCACCGAAAAACCCCAAGAAUCCGAAGAAGAAACCCCCAUUCCCGAGGAAGAACAACCAACGGUAGAGGAGGCCAAGGAGGAGCCAAAACUAAAGAUCACUGUGAGAGAAUUUUCGCCGGAAAAGCCCGAAGAAAAGUCUUUUGAAAUCGUAGUGCUCGAGGAAACGGUCGAGAUUCAACAGGUGCCCGACGAAGAGGGUCAAGUCAGGGAAAAGGUCGUCAAAACAAAGAAAAUCAAGCAGAAAAAGGGUCCCCAGGAGGUAGUUCAUGAUAUUGUCGAGGUCACGGAUGCAGACACAAAUGAAUCUGAGAUCACAGUCACCACGACAACUCCCUCGGAGGAGACGGUAGAUGUCGAGCCUGUGGUCAAGCAGAAACGUACGAAAAAGAUCAAAAAGGAUGAUGUCGAGGACUUCAUCAAGGCCGUGAUUGAGGAGGAAACUCCAAAGCCUAUCGAACCGGAGGCUGUUGUGGCUGUCGCAGAAGAAACGCCAUCGGAGCCAACGCCAGAAAAGCCCAAAAAGAAGGCCAAGAAGGAGAAGCCGGCAGCUGUUGAAGAGGAAAAACCAGAACCAGAGAAAAUCUCUGUCGUGGAAAGCGUGCCGGAGGAUACUCCUCAGCCAGAAGAGGUCUUUACUGUGGAGGUUUCGAUGCCGAUCGUAGAAGAACCCGAACAUGAGAUCGAUCAAACGGAAGAAACGCCGAAACCUGAAAAGAAAAAGAAACCAAAGGCAAAGGUCAUCGUUUCUGAGGAAGCACCAAAGGAAGAAGAACUCCCGGAGGAGCCUCUGGAAGUUAGAGAAAUCGAAUCCGAUGUUGAAAAACCUGACGAUAAAAUAUUCAGCAUUUCCGUCAAGGAGGAAACCGCUUCAACAGACAAACCCCAAAAGAAAAAGCCAUCCAAAAAGCCACAAGAAACCACCGAAGAAACUCCUCUCGAUUCCUAUCAAAUUUCCAUCAAGGAAAGCUCCGCAGAACCCCAGGAAGAAAAGCCCUUCACCAUCGAGGUCAUCGAAAGCGAAACGCAGGUCAAGGAGACCACAGAUGCCGCCGGGGAGACCCACAAGGAGGUCACCACCAAGCGCAAGAUCAAGCGACCCGAUGGCGAGGGUCAAAUCGAGAUCAUAGAAGUCUUGAGGGAUGAUCAGCCGGAAGCGGAAAUCACAAUUGUGGAAUACGAGCCCGAGGCCCCCACCAAAGAGGAUGAGAAACCCAAGGAACCCAAGAAGAAAACCAAGAAAGUCAAGAAGGACGACAUCCACGACUACAUACAAAAGCUCAUCGACAUGGAGACGCCCAAGACGGAGUUGGAGAAGUAUGAGAAAUUCGACUUUGAACCGACUGUCAGGGACAAGCCCACGGAAAAGCCCAUCGAUGUGGUUGAGGAAGCCCCCGAGGGCAAACCAAAGAAGGACAAGAAACCGAAAGCCAAGCAAACGACGAAGGAAGCCUCGCCUGUGCCCGAAGAACUGGCCCAGGUGAAGAUCCUCGAGGUAGAAGCUCCCGAAGAAGAGCCUCUUCUGCCGGUAAAGAUUGUUGAGGUCCAGCCGGAGGAGGUUCAAAUCCAGGAGAUCGUCACGGAAGAGGGUAAACCCAUUCAGGAAAAGACCACCAAGAGAGUCCUGAAGAAAAAGGGACCCAAGGAGGAUACCACGUUCAAGAUAACCACCAUCGAAAGCGAGGAUAAUGAUUCCGUGAUGGUCAUUGUGGAUGAGGAGCCACAGCCAGAGGCAGUCGUUGUUCCCGUGGAAGAACAGCCCGAAGAAGAGGUACCGAAACCCAAGCCAAAGUCCAAGAAAACCGUCAAGAAGGUAAAGAAGGAGGAGCUAGAUGAUUAUGUGAAGAAGUUGAUAGAAGAGGAGACACCAAAAGAGGUAGAAAAAGAAGAGGCUCUUCCUCUUCCCGAGGAGGAAAAGGUUCUUCCCGAGGAAGAGGAUUCCCAGCCAGUAGAGGUAGGCCCCGAAUCAACCAAACCCCAGACAAAGAAACCAAAGACCCAGAAGAAACCCAAGACAGAGACAGACGAACCCACUGAGCAGACAUACGUGACGACUGUAGAGAUACCCAAGGACGAUGAGGAAGAGAGCACAACAACAACAACAACAAGCACACCGAUACAUGCACAAGAGGACACAGCCACUGCACAAAUUACACCGCAAGAAGAGGCACCCACAGCAACAACAACAACAACAGCACAGAAAACAGUUAAACAUAAACAGAAAACAAAACCAGAAACACACAAAGAAAGCCCUGAAACAGAAACAACAACAAGUGAAGCGACAGAGGUACACAAGGACUAUCAAAUCAGCAUCAUUCACGAGGAGCCCAUCGUCGAGGAGGAGGAACAGCCCGAGAAGAUCCACGAGAUACGAGUCAUCGAUGAGAUCGCAGAGAUCGAGGAAUCGCAGCCCAUCAUCGAGGAGGUGGAGGAAGAGGAGGAGCAGCCCGUUGCCGAGGACCAGCCCGAGGAUGUCAGCAAGCCCAAGGCCAAAAAGAAGAAGAUCAUCAAAAAGAAAACCGAUGAUCACGAUGAGAUCAUCCGCAAGUUACUGGAGCAGGAAAUCGAGAAAACGGAGCUCGAAAAGUACGAAAAGAUCGAUUUCGAUCUGCCCAAGAAACUGAAACCGGAAUUCGCCAAUCUCGAGCCCAUGAAAAUCGAGCGAAAGGAUCAGAAGCCCACCAAAGUGCAGAUUGUGGAGGCGGCAGAGGUCCCGAAACAGGUCAAACUGAAGCCAGGAAAACGCAAGGAGAAACCCACCGAAGAGCAGUCCGUACAGCUGCCCAAAUUCCGGCUCAAGGCCCGCAUGGUCAUGGUCGAGUAUCCUCCGGCUCCAUUGAUACCCAAGCUGACCGAGAUUGGCGCCACGAAGGACAAUGGAGAGCUUUCGCGCAACAUCGACGAGGCCGAAGAGGCCCUCAAGUUCAAGAAACCAAAGACCAAGAAGAUCAAAAAGAUCAAGGACGACCUGGAGAAGGUCGAGCUCGAGAAGUACGAGAAGUAUGUCAGCAGCGAGGAGGAGCCCGAGGAGCAGAAGCCCUACCAGAAGCCCGAAAAGACUCCCAAGCCCGAGGAGAAGCAAGAAGAAGUGAAAAUAAAGCUCGGAAAGGGCAAGAAAAAGCCCAAGGAGGAGGAACAGCCAGAGAAUGUCACCCUCAAGAAGAUCCCACAGAAGCCCCAGGAGGUCGAAGAGGAAGUGGAGCUCCAGCGAAAGCCCAAGGAAGUCGUUGUGGUCGAGGAACAGCCCAAGGAGCCCAAGGAAGGACACUUUGUGGUGCCGCCCUUCGAGCCCGUGGACUUUGAGCCUUCGGAGUACGUGCCCGAGGAACUGGAGCCCAUUGAGCAUCCGGAGAAGCCUGAGAAACAGAAGAAGCCCACGAAAACCAAGUACAAGCCCAAGGACAAGUCGAAGCCAGAGCCGGAGACAAUCAUCUCAGAGAUUGUCCCGGGCGUGCCCAAGGAAGAGGAAGAGGUACCCGAACAGGAGGUGAAGUUCCGCAUUCCCGAAAGCGAAGCUCCAGAGGAAACAGACUCUCAAAUCAAACUGAAACCAGUGCCAAAGGUCCCUGAGGCUGAGGCACCCGUGGAGGCAGCCAUCGUCCAGGCAAAGGUCGAGGAACCCAAAGCGGAGGAGAUCCCAGAGACUCCCCAAGAGGAAGCGAAGAAACCAAAGAAACCUAAGGCCAAGAAGAUCCAACCAAAGGAGGAGGAGGUCUCCGAGGAAGUCCCACAGGAGUUCGAGGUCUCUCUGAAGCAGGAAGAGGCACCCGAAGAGGUUCCCAUUGAAGAAGAAAAGCCCAAGGAGGUGAAGGUCAAGCAAAAGAAACCCAAAGAGGCCCCGGUCGCCCAAGUGGAGGUUAAGGAGGAGGCACCGCAGCCCGAAGAAGUCCCCGAGGACAUACCCGUGGAGUACAAGAUCACGACGACAGUCCUGGAGCCCGAAGAGGCCCCCAAGGAGCACAAGGUGCGAGUCAUCGACUUCGAUGAGCGCCACGAGACCACCGAAGAAGUCAUCGAAGAAAAGGUUGUGACGCGCCGCAAGAAGCCAAAGCCACAGCAGCCCGAAGAGUACGAGGUGACGCUCCAAGAGCCCCAGGUCGAGGAACCAGAGGUUGAAGAGGUCACCGCAGAGGUCACAAUUCCCGUGGAGAAACCCGUCGAGGAAGCAGAGCAGUUUGAGGUUGAACUGAAGCUUACGGAACCCACACCCGAGGAACCCCUGCCCCAGGAGGUAACCGUCAAGGAAAAGUCCAAGAAGAAACCCAAGAAAGAGGUGAAGGAAGAAGAGAUUGUGGUCGUAGAAGAAGAAAAGAUACAACCAGUCGAAGAGGAGGAAGUCGUGGUGGAGGAGAAACCCCAAGAAAAGAAAAAGACCAAGAAACCCAAGGAAUACGAAUUCAGUGUCACAGAAACUGAGGCCCCCGUCGAGGAAAAGCCCGUGGAAGUGAUCGAAGAAGCUCCCAAGGUAGAGGAGGAGAAGUCCGAGGAACAGGUUAUCGAGUCCUUCGAUUCAUAUGAAAUCAGCGUCAAGGAAACGGAGGCUGAAAAGGUCACUGCCAUCGAAGAACAGCCCGAGGAGGAAGCUCCAGCCGAGGCCGUCUUCAAGCGGAAGCCCAAACCCAAGCCCGAGGCAGUGGAGGCCGAAUUUGUGCUGACAGAACCCAAGAAAACGGAGGAAAUCCAUGUGGAAACCGAAAUCAAACAGAAGAAAACCAAAAAGCCAAAGAAACCUGAAGAGGCAGCCGCUGAACUGGAGAUCAAGGUUGUGGAAACGGAGGCAGCCCCCGAGGUUCCCGAAGAAGUGCCCGAAGAAAUCAAACCGGAAAUUGUGGAAAAGCAGGAAAUAAUCGUGGAGGAAAAACCACAAGAAUUCACGGUACGCAUUUCCGAAACGGAAGCCGCAGAAAAGCCCGUGGAGGAGCCUCAAGGCGAGGCACAGUUCACGGUCAAGAAACGCAAGCAAUCGGUGACCUUCGCCGAUGAGCCGGCCACAGAGAUAAUCCUCAAGGAGCCCAAGCCCAUCGAAGAGGUCACCGAGGAGGCCCAAAUCAAGACCAAAAAGCCCAAGAAGAAGGUCAAGGAAGUGGCGGCGGAGGAGCUAAAGAUUCAAAUCACAGAGGAAAUCCCCGAGGAGGCGCCCAUCAUCGAAGAAGUCGAGGAAGUGGUCACAGAAAUCAAGGAAGUUGUGGCUCCAAAGGUGGAGGACAAGACCUACAGGAUCGGGGUCACGGAAACGGAAGCACCCGAGAAACCUGUUGAGGAGAUUCCCCAGGAGGAGGAGGUCGUACCCGAACCGAUUGUGGAAGAACCCGAGCCCCAAGUCUACGAAGAGCACAAGGUAAAGGUCAUUGAAGAGACUCCACGGGAAAUAGUGGAGGAAUCCAUCGAGGAAGAGGUCAAGGUGAUUCGCAAGAAGAAGCCCAAGCCAGAGGUCAAGGAGGAGCCCGAAGCGGCCGUCUCGAUCCCGGCGCCAAAGCCCGUCGAAGAGGUCGAGGCUGUUUCCAGCAUCACCAUCGUCCCCGAACAACCCACCGAAGAGGAGGCCGCCGAACUCAAGAUCACCGUCAUCGAAGAGCAGGCCCCCGAAGUGGAGCUCGUCCAAGAGAUUGAGGAAAUCGAGGAGACGCCCGUCCCCACUGUCGAGGAGCUGCCCGAGGAGCAGGUCACGCUGCAGAAGAAGAAAAAGAAGACCCCAGUAGUUGUCCCCGAAGUGGUGGAAGAGCCCGAGGCAGAGUUUGUACUGAAGCCCAAGAAGCCCGUGGAAGAGGUCUCCGAGGAGGCCAAGAUCAAAAAGAAGCCCAAGAAGGCGGCUCCAGUCGAAGAGGCUGCCGCCGAGCUCAAGGUAACCAUCACAGAGGAGGUGCCCGCAGAGCCAGAGCUGGUCCAGGAAAUCGUUGAGGAGAUCGAGGAGGUCCCAGAAGAAAAGCCUGAAGAGACCCAGCCAGAGAUCGAAGAGGUACAACCAGAGGCGCCCAAGGAGGAAGAGGUGCGUCUGCCCAAGAAAAAACCCAAGGCACCCGAAGUCGUGGAGGAACCCGAGGCUGAGGUCACCCUAAAACCCAAGCCAAAGGUCGAAGAGGUCCAGGAAGAGGCAAAGAUUGUCAAGAAAAAGCCCAAGAAGCCCGUGGAAGAGGUCGCUGCCGAAGAACUCACCGUCAAGAUCGAAGAGGAGGUCAUCCCCGAACCGAUUGUCGAAGAAGAAAUCGUCGAGGAGGUGCAAGUGAAGAAAAAGAAGGCUCCCAAGGCGGAACCCGUCCCCGAGGACAUUGUGGAUGCUGCCGUGAUCAAACUGAAGAAACCCGAACCUGUCGAACCGGAAGAAGUGGUUGCUGAAGUCACACUGAAGCCCAAGGCCCCCAAGGAGAUCCAGGAAGAGGAAUUCUCUGUGGAUGUCAAGCUGCCAAAGGAGAAGAUCGUCACCGAAGAGACCUCCGAUCAAACGGUGCAACUCAAGAAGAAGAAGAAGCCACAGAAACCCGUGGAGGAGGCCGCCGAUGAGUUGCAGCUGCAACAGACCGUCGUCGAGGAGAGGCCCGUGGAAAUCGAAGAGGAGGAAAUCAUCGAAGAGGCCGUCAUAGUGCGCCGCAAGCCCAAGAAGCCUUUCGAACCCUCAGUGGAGGAGCACGAGGAAACCGAGUUCAGUCUCUCGUUCAAGAAGCCCCACACGAUCAACGAGGGCGUAGAAGAGACCGGCACUGUCCUGAAGAAACGCCCCGCGAAGCCGCAAACCCUGGACGAGGCUGCCGCCGAGCUGUCCAUCCAACGCCAGGAAGAGGAGUACGAGGAGGGCGAGGACAUCGAAGAGUUUGUCGUCAGCGCCAGGGCCAAGAAGAAGCCACUGCAAAUCACCGAAGAGGACGAGGAGGCCUACACCGUGAAGAAGCAGCUGCGCCGGAAGAAGGUGGACAUUCCAGAGUACGGGGAAACGGAGAACGUGACCUUCCGUGCGAGAAGCACAAAGACCAAGGAGGAUGUCGACCAGGAGUUCAAUAUUGCCCUCGACUCCUACGCGGAGGAGGAGGUCUCCAUGUCUGGCAAGAUCAAGAUCAAGAAACCCAUCAAGAAGACCUACAACGAGGCCGCCGACGAGGCAAAGAUUAAGAUCAUGCAGGACUACGACGAUGGCCAGGAGCAAGUCAUCGAAGAAAUACGCGACGACGAGGACACCAUCGAUGAGGUCGAGGAGCCCGAAGAGUACAUGGUGGAAGAGCUGCCGCCGGAUGAGGUCGACUUCAAGCUGAAGCCCAAGAAGCAGCCAAAGCCCAGCUACUCCGUUCAGGACGAGGAGGAGGAACAGUUCCUGAUUGGCAUCCGGCAGCCCAAGCGGGACUCCAUCACCUACGAUGAGGAUUCGCUGACAUUCAAAAAGAAGCGAAAGGUUAUCCAACAACUCUACAAUGAAGAUGGCGCCUCGCUGAAUAUCACCAGGGAAAUGAAUGUCGAAGAAUCUGAAAAUCCCAAUAUCAUGUAUUCGAUAUGCAACUACAUUGCCGACAACGAUGAGGCCAUCAAUCUGGUGGAAGGUGAAAAGGUCACCGUGGUGGGACGCCACAGCUCCGAGUGGUGGUACGUGAAGAAGAGCAUCACCGAGGAGGAGGGCUGGGUGCCAGCCCAGUACCUGAUGGAGCCCGAGGAGUAUGCACAGUAUGUGCAGAACAAGCUCCACGAGAAGAUCGACAAGCUGCCGGUCUUUGAACGCCCGGGACCCGAAGACAAGCCCGUUGCCCCGCGUUUCAUUGAGAAACUGCAGCCCAUCCACACGCCCGACGGCUACACGGUGCAGUUCGAGUGCAAGGUCGAGGGCAGCCCUCGGCCGCAGAUCGCCUGGUUCCGCGAGACGGCCAUCAUCAAGCCCUCGCAGGAUUUCCAGAUCUUCUACGAUGACGAUAACGUCGCCACUCUGAUCAUUCGCGAGGUGUUCCCCGAGGACGCUGGCAAAUUCACGUGCGUGGCCAAGAAUGCCGCCGGUUUCACGUCCAGCACCACGGAAUUGAUUGUCGAGAGUCCACUGUCGGAUCACGGCUCAGACGCCACUGCCCUGUCGCGCCGCAGCAUGUCCCGUGAGUCCUCACUGGCCGACAUUCUGGAGGGCAUACCGCCCACCUUCUCGAAGAAGCCGAAGGCGCAGUAUGUCGACGAGAACACGAACGUGAUUCUCGAGUGCCGUUUGGUGGCUGUGCCAGAGCCCGACAUUGUCUGGACCUUCAACGGGGAGGACAUCGACGAGGAGGAGAUCAAGAACAUUCGAGUCGUCACCGAAUCGGACAUGCACAUGUACUGCAGCGUGGUGCACAUCACCAAGGUGAAGAAGUCGCAGGAGGGCGUCUACGAGGUGAUUGCCACCAAUCGCGAGGGCGAGGCACGUCUGCCCAUCACCCUCAAGGUGCGCACCAGCCAGAAGGAGGCGCCCCAGAUCCUCGAGCCACUGCGCAACAUGGUCAUACGCGAGGGCGAGAGCGUUGUCCUGUCCACCCACAUCGUGGGCAAUCCCCCGCCGAAGGUCACGUGGUACAAGGACGGUAAGCCCGUUAAGAACGCCAAGUCCGACAAGGAUGUGCACACCCUGACGCUGAUCACCCCCAAGAAGUCCGAAAAGGGCGAGUACACGGUAAAGGCGGUCAAUCCCUUGGGCAGUGUGGAAACCACUGCCAAUCUGACGAUUGAAGAACCCACCAGUGGAAAUGCAGAGCCGCCGCUGUUUGUGGAGCGCUUCGAGGAGCAAAAUGUCCCGCAAAAGGGGGAGAUACGUCUGCCCGCCAAGGUCUCGGGCAAUCCCGUGCCCGAGGUCCAGUGGCUGUUCAACAACGCCCCUCUGUUCCCCAGCGAACGCAUCCAGCAGAUCUACGAUGGCGAAACGAUCGAGCUGAUCAUCAAGGAUGCCAACCCGGAGACCGAUUCCGGGGACUACAAGUGCAUUGCCAGCAAUCCCAUUGGCAAGACAUCGCAUGGCGCCCGCGUGAUCGUGGAGGUCGACGAGGUCACGUUCACGAAGAAAUUAAAGAAAACCAUCACCAUCGAGGAGGUGCAAUCGUUGACGCUCGAGUGCGAGACCUCCCACGUCGUCACCACCAAGUGGUUCUUCAACGGCAAAGAGCUCUCCGGCAUGGACCACCGAGUGGUCGUCGAGGACGGCAAAACGCACAAGCUGGUCAUCCGGAACACCAAUCUGAGGGACUCCGGCACGUACGUGUGCAAGGUCAAGAAGCAGGAGACCACCUCCACCGUGGAGGUCCUUCAGCGCAAGCCCGACUUCAUCAAGGUCCUCGAGGACUACGAGGUGACCGAAAAGGAUACGGCCAUUCUGGACGUCGAACUGACCACGGAGGCCACCGAGGUCACCUGGUUCAAGGACGGCGAGAAGAUCACGAUCGAAAACAAGAAUGUGGAAUUCAUCAAGGACGGCAAGUCGCGUCGUCUGGUCAUCCGCGACACGACCAUCCACGACGAGGGCGAGUACACCUGCAAAAUCGAGGGCCACGAGUGCUCCUGUGAGCUCACGGUCAUCGAGCUCCCGCCCGAGAUCAUCCAUCCCCUGGAGGAUGUCUCCGUCACGAAGGGAGAGAACGCCAUCUUUGAGCUGGAGCUCAGCAAGGGCGACGCCCUGGUCAAGUGGUUCAAAAACGGCAAGGAGCUGGUGUUCAACGACCGCGUUCAACUGGCCAUCGACGGCAAGAAGCAGGCCCUGCGCAUAGUCAAGGCCAGGCCAGAGGAUGCCGGCGAAUAUUCCAUCCAAGUGGGCGAGCAAACCUCCAAGGCCACUCUGACAGUGGAGGAGCCACUGGUGGACUUUGUCGUCCGCCUGCCAGACGUCACCUUGGCCACGAAGACCACCGAUGCCGAGUUCACGGUGGAGCUGUCGCAGCCCGAUGUGGAGGUCACUUGGUUCAAAAAGGGUAAGCCCAUCAAACCCAAUCCCAAGCAUGAGGUAUUCGUCGAGGGCACUGUCCGGCGCCUGGUCAUCCAUGAGGCCGGCGACGAGGAUGCCGGCGAGAUCAGCUGUGUGGCCGAGAACGUCACCAGCAGCACAAAGCUGUGCGUUGAGGAGCUCAAGCUGCCGCCCGUCAUUACCUCUGACAAGGAGCAGACCUUGAAGGUGAAGGAGAACGAGGAUGCCACCUUCACUGUCAAGUACACGGGCGGUGCCCCCCAGCCGGAGGCCGUUUGGACCACCCGGAAUGUUGUCAUACCCAAGUCAAAGCGCGUUACUCCAUCGAUUGAUGAACAGUGUGCCACCCUGACCCUGCGAAAGGUUGUCGACGAUGACGAGGGCGAGUACACGGUGAAGCUGGUGAAUCCCGUGGGCGAGGCAGAGGCCAGCCUACAUUUGGUUAUAAUGCGCAAACCCACGGCACCUGGCACUCCGCAGCCACUGGAGGUGAUGCAUGACUCCAUUACGCUGUACUGGAAGGCACCCGAGGAUGAUGGAAAGUCCGAAAUAAUUGAAUACAUUCUCGAAUACCAUGAUGUUAAGGAAGAAAAAUGGACUGAAAUACGUAAAAUCAAGGAUACCACGUACACCAUCUCGAAGCUGAAGAUCGACACUGAAUACGUGUUCCGUUCGAUAGCCGUGAACGAGGUGGGACCCUCCCCGCCAUCGCCGCUGUCGCCGCCCAUUCGCCUGGUGCCGAAGGUCGAAACCGAGGCGCCCAGUGUGCGCGAACCCCUGCAGGACCUGUGCUCGGAGCUCGACAAGGAGGUCACGCUGUCCUGCGUGUUUGGCGGCAUUCCAGAGCCAAGGGUCGUGUGGAAGAGGAACGGACAGGUGUUCGAGUCGUCGAGCAGCCUGCGCUACGAGAACCGUGUGGCCAAAUAUAUUAUCGAAAAGACAACAAUUGAGACUGAAGCCACGUACACGUGUGUGGCUAGCAACGAGAGGGGCUCCGUGGAGACCUCCUGUAGACUGAAGCUGCAACAGAGGCCCGUCGUCGAGGUGGAGGACAAGUAUCUGCAGCAGAAGCUCCGCACAGGCAGCACUCUCACCAUUCCAGCAACGGUGCGCGGCUAUCCCCGGCCCACGGUCGCCUGGCACAAGGACUCCGUCGAGCAGACAGAACAGACGUCCAUUGAGACCACGGAGACCACAUCGACGUAUUCCGUGAAGAAAUUGAGCCGCGAACACUCUGGCAAGUACAAGGUGACGGCCACGAAUGAGUCGGGCUCCUCGUAUGUCGAGUGCACGGUCCAGGUGAUCGACAAGCCCAGCCGGCCGCAGUCCCUGGAGAUCAAGGACGUGAAGAAGGACUCGAUCAUCCUGGAGUGGACACCGCCGGUGGACGAUGGCGGUCUGGACAUCCAAAAGUACACGCUCGAGAAGUGCGACGUCCAGAACAACGUCUGGAUGAAGGUGUCCGACUUUGACAAGGACAUUCACUCGUAUGCCAUCCAAAAGUUGUCCAUGAACUCGCAAUACAUGUUCCGUGUGGUGGCCGCCAAUCCCAUCGGAGAGUCGGAGCCCACGGAAUCGGAGACCGUGACGAUAACCAAGAAGUUUGAAAAACCCUCACCCCCGCGCGGCCCCACCAAUGUCUCGGGCAUGAACGACACCUCCUUUACCCUGGCCUGGGAGCCAUCCGAGAGCGAUGGUGGCUCCAAGAUCCUCGAGUACAUCGUGGAGAUCAGGGAAGAGACUGAAACCGUCUACCGUUCGGUGGGCGUUACCCUGGGCACUGUCACCAACAUCCAUGUGGAGCAGGUCCUGCGCACGAAGGGCUACUUCUUCAGGAUCUACGCCCGCAACGAGGCGGGCACCAGCGAGGCCUACGAGACCACAGAAAAGAUCCUCGUGGGUCGUAAAAUAACCCCGCCAUCGCCUCCACAGAAUCUGCGAGCCCCAGACGUGACGAGCCGCAGCGUGACCCUCGAUUGGGAGAUUCCAGCGCGCAACGGUGGUUCCGAAAUCACAGGUUACUGCGUGGAGAAACGCUCUUCGACGUCGACGACCUGGACGAAGGUCAUAACCCUAGAUGCACAUCAGCUGCACUACACGAUCGAUAAUCUGAAGGAGAAAUGCGAAUACUGGUUCCGUGUCUCGGCUGAGAACGAGAUGGGCCUGGGUGCCCCGGCCGUCACCGAGAGCAUAUCCCUCAAGACACAUGCCACCGUUCCGUCGCCGCCGACUGCCCCCCUGGAGGCGCGUGUCCUAGCCGCCAAUGCUCACAUAUUCGAAUGGGGUAUACCCGAGUCAGAUGGUGGUGCGCCACUGCUCGGCUACCACAUUGCCAUACGCGACAUGAAGAAGACCAUGUGGAUAGAGGUGGGUCGUGUGCCGGCCGGUGUGCAGCGGUUCCAGAUCCGGGAUCUGCAGGAGAACCACGAGUACAUGAUACGGAUAUUCGCCAAGAACGAGAUCGGUCUGAGCGAACCUCUCGAAUCGGAGGAGCCCUACAAGGUCAUGACAGCAGGUCAUGAAAGCCUGCCCGACGAGCCACGCACUGAGAUGAGCACUUGCAACACCUCGUCGUGGCUGAGGGACCACAACAUGGACGCCGAUAUCCAUUCGUAUGCCCGGGGCAGGCUCCUGCAACGCGACGAGUACUUCUUCAGGCUGUGGGCGCAGAUCCCCAGCAGCAGCAAAAAGAAGAAGAGCCUCAAAUAAGUCAAUCAUCAAGAGAGAAAAACAACAAAAAAAAAAAACGACAAACGAAUGAAAAACUUUAGUCAUAGUUUAAGCAUAUUUUCCCCCUACCCCCAAUUCCCCAUCCCCCCAUCCCCCGAUCCCCCUUUCCUUUGAUUUUACUAGCUUUUUGUACUUUUGAAUGAAUGAUGUACAGAUUGGUGUAAUGAUUGAUUGAUUGAUUGAUCGAUAGAUCCCAUUGUGCCAGCGAUGCCCACACAGUUGGGGGGGGGAGUGCGGGCUCCACUCGAACGGAAAGUGCGAGCGAAGAAAUGUAUCUGGAUGAACGAGUGUGCGUCCCCUCCCCGCCCCGCGUGUGGGCGUGGCUCCGAUGGGAUGCCAUUACACGAUCUACAUAUAUAAAGAGUUCUAAUCCUUAGAGUUUUUGAUUUUAUGAUUUUAUUUUUGUAAGCUGUGAUAAAUCGUAUCCAAA